AGCAUGCGGGUGUGUUUGACCUGAUCGCGAACGACGAUCGAAUUCUAUUGUGCCGUAUUAUUGCGCCAAGCAGAAAGCUACCGCGUUGACAGAUGUCGAUCGACUGAUCUCCCGAUCAUUUUCUGUUCCAGCCAAGAUGAAACACCUUUGGCCGUUUGUGGCGUGGACGCUUCUGUUCCUGUGUCCGGUCGAAUCUCUGAGAGGACUCGGCCACGGACCAAGAAGAGAAGUGUUCUUCCUGAACCUGGAGGACGGCUACUUCGGGUGCCAGGUGAACGAGUCGACGGAAGUGCUGCAGCUCCUCGAAUUGUCCAAGCUGUGCGACGACCACGUCGACUGUUACCAAGGCACGGACGAGCAACGCGACAGAUUAAAGUGUACAGACGAUUGCACGAAGGAGGACGGGACCAGGUGUCUGAACGGCGUGUGCCUUGGCUCCGUGUGCCACUGUAACGACGGUUUCGGUGGUUGUAAUUGUCAGGUACCGGACGAGAACGAGUGCAAAUACCGGCCCUGCGAUAUAUUCGCGCAUUGCACGAACACUCUCGGCAGCUUCCAAUGUUCCUGUUUCCCCGGCUACCAAGGCGACGGUUUCCAUUGCGAAGACAUCAACGAGUGCGAUAACCCGGCAUUCGCCGCGAGAUGCGUCGAGAACGCCGAGUGCUGCAACCUUCCCUCCAACUUCCUAUGCAAAUGCAAACCCGGCUACAUCGGCGACGGCGAGGUGCAUUGCGAGGAUGUGAACGAGUGCGUGAUACCUGGCGCGUGCGGCGACAACACCGUGUGCAACAAUAUCCCGGGGAAUUACACCUGCGCCUGCCAACCCGGCUUCACGGGAGACCCGUACGAAUCUUGUAUCGAUAUCAACGAGUGCAAUUACGUGGGUGCCUGCGGAAGGGGUGCGCUGUGCAUCAACUUGGCGGGUGGGCACAAAUGCGAGUGUCCCGAGGGUUAUAACGGCAACCCCGAGGAGGAAUGCGUGGACGUAGACGAGUGCCUGCGCACUCCUUGCGGCCGUUCGGCCCAGUGCACCAACCUGGACGGCGGUUUCCGCUGCGCUUGCCCGGAAGGAACGAGCGGCGAUCCUUGGAUAGGCUGUCACGAUAUAAACGAAUGCGAGGAGGGCGCACCAUGUGGCACGGAUGCGGUGUGCGUGAACACGGAGGGUAGUUUCGAGUGCAGGUGUCGGGCAGGCUAUCAGAUGGACCCGACGCACGGUUGCAUCGACGUGAACGAGUGUGGUCGAACGGAUGCAUGCGCGGAGAACGCGAGAUGCAUCAACGUGCCCGGAUCGUACAAGUGUAUCUGCCCCCAGGGUUUCAUCGGUCAAGGACUAACACUGUGCGAAAACGUGAACGAAUGUGAGACAAACCCUUGCGGCGAGAACGCUGAAUGCAGCGACACGAUUGGCAGCUUCGUGUGCAGUUGCAAGACGGACUACACUGGGGAUCCUUUUAAGGGAUGCAGCGACAUCGACGAGUGCACAGCGUUAGAGAGCCCUUGCGGGAGAAACGCGAUUUGCAAGAACAAGGAUCCUGGUUACAAUUGCGUCUGUCCACCGGGAUACAGUGCCAAUCCGAAUCCGACGAUCGCCUGCGAACAGACCGACGUGACCACGCUCUGCAAAUCGAAUUUCGAUUGCGUGAACAACGCCGAGUGCAUCGAAGAGCAAUGCUUCUGCAAGAACGGAUUCAAAGCUGUUGGAGCCGAGUGCGUGGACGUUGACGAGUGUCUUUCGAACCCGUGUGGACCUGCAUCGAUUUGCACCAACACGAGGGGUAGUUAUCACUGCGAAUGCGAGUCUGGUUUCGUUGGAACCCCGCCCCAUACACCGUGUAAAGCACCGUGCGACGAAGUAACUUGUGGCGAUCACGCGUAUUGCAAAGCGGACGGCCACGAAGCUUAUUGCAUCUGCGAAGACGGAUGGACUUUCAAUCCGAACGACAUCGCGGCUGGAUGCGUUGAUAUAAACGAAUGCGACGCGAUAAACGGCCCUUCGGGACGUUGUGGCAAAAAUGCGAUCUGUACGAAUACUUUGGGCGGAUUCAGUUGUCAGUGCAAGCCAGGAUUCUCGGGGAAUGCUUUCAAACAAUGCAUGGAUGUGGACGAAUGUACGAGAUCAGAUACUUGCGGUCAUGGGGCCACCUGCACGAAUACCGAGGGUUCGUACUCGUGCACUUGUCCAGAGGGAACUAUUCCGGAUCCUGAUCCUUACAUCAAGUGUGUCGGCAUAGUUACGUGCGACGUUGAUGGCGAUUGCCCUGGAAAUGCCAUUUGCGAUCCGCAAAAGCGUUGCCUGUGUCCCGAGCCUAACGUUGGAAACGACUGCAGACAUCCGUGCGAGGAUUUGACCUGCGGGCCGAAUGCCCAUUGCAUGCUGUCCAACGACGUGGCCACAUGUCUCUGCCGCAGUGGUUACACGGGCAAGCCUGGGGUGAAGGGCGGUUGCAGGGAUAUCGACGAGUGCGCCAUCAAUCCAUGCCCACAAGGCGCCAUCUGCAACAACGAGCCAGGAUCGUUCUCUUGCCAGUGUCCGAGCGGUACCACGGGUGAUCCGUACAGCGGUGGUUGUCAGGAAUCGAAGGCCCCUCACGUUUGCGGACCGAGCACACCGUGCCCUGCCGGGGAACAGUGCAUCAAGGAUGAAUUCAUUGGAAGCAGCGUUUGCAUCUGUCAGAGAGGAUACACCAGGGAUCACGAGAGUGGAAAGUGUAGGGAUAUUAACGAAUGUAUGGAGCUCAGAGAUAAGCCCGCCUGCGGCGUUAACGCCAUCUGUAAAAAUUUACCCGGAAGUUACGAGUGCCAGUGUCCACCUGGAUUUAGGAAUCCUUUCUCGCUUUGUGAAGAGUGCAACAGUAUCGAGUGCCAAUGUCAGCCUCCGUACAAGAUCGUCAAUGGGAAAUGCAUGUUGGCUGGAUGUUCCAAAGGCGAGAAGUGUCCAAGCGGCGCGGAAUGUAUCACAAUCGCGGGUGGAGUGAGCUACUGCGCUUGUCCCAAAGGAUAUACGACCAAGAGUGACGGUUCUUGCGAGGAUAUAAACGAGUGUAUCGUCGGUCAUCAAGUAUGCGGUUACGGGGCAGAGUGCAUGAACCUUCCAGGAUCGCAUCAGUGCGUUUGCCCGCACGGUUACGGUGGCGAUCCGUACAACGGUCUUUGUUCCCCAGCUCAGAAGAGGUGUACGAGCGACAACGAGUGCAAAGCCAACGAGAAAUGCGUCCAGCCUGGCGAAUGCGUUUGUCCGCCACCGUUUUACACCGAUCCCCUCGACGGAAACCUUUGCAAAAAUCCUUGCGACAGAUUUCCAUGCGGCAUAAACGCGAAAUGCACGCCAAGCGAUCCACCGAGGUGCAUGUGCGAGGCUGGUUACGAGGGGGAUCCUCAACACGGUUGCGUGGAUGUGAACGAGUGCGCGAAUAAUCCUUGCGGACACGGUGCCUAUUGCAUCAACACGAAAGGCGAUCACAUUUGCGAAUGUCCGAAGGGGACAGUGGGCGAUCCUUAUGGAGGUGGUUGUACCGGAGCCGUGGCCAAGAACGAGUGUACCUCGAACGACGAUUGCGACAAUCUGUUCGCCUGCGUCAACGGCAGGUGCGCGAACCCUUGCGACAAUAUACCUUGCGGGCCAAACGCUUAUUGCGAGCCGGACAAGCAUGCCGCGUGGUGUCGAUGCGUGAUCGGAUUCGUGGAGGGCAAGAACAACGAAUGCGUUUCACAAUGCGAUGGGUUCGUCUGUGGUUCCGGGGCACAGUGCAUCGUGAGUUAUAGCGGGCCAACGUGCAAGUGCAUCGAAGGUUUCAUGGGCAAUCCGUUCCCUGGGGGCCAGUGCCAACCGGAUAUUUGCUCCCCGGAAGUCCCUUGCGUGGAGCCAAGCGUGUGCAUAAGCGGAAGGUGCAAACGUCGAUGUGAGGGCGUGGUCUGUGGUAUCGGCGCCUCCUGCGACCCAGCUACCAGCAAAUGCGUGUGCAAUCCGUAUUUCAUUGGGAAUCCGGAUCUCCUUUGCAUGCCGCCGAUUCUACCACCCGCCUGCGAUCCUGCUUGCGGCUCGAACGCCCAUUGCGAGUACACGUUGCAAGAGUCAAAGUGUGUGUGCAAUCCUGGCACGACUGGGAACCCGUAUCACGGUUGUGGAGUGCAACAGAAAUCCGAUUGUUCCACCGCGCUGUGCGGAAAGGAUGCCCAUUGCAACGCUGGGCCAAACGCUGUCGAAUGCUUGUGCCCUCCCGGUUACGCUGGAAAUCCUUAUAUUCAGUGCCACGAUAUCAACGAGUGCAAUGCGAACGCUUGCGGGAACAACGCGGUGUGCAUCAACACGAUCGGUAGCUACGACUGUCGCUGCAAGGAGAACUUCUUCGGCAAUCCUUUCAUCGGUUGCCAGCAAGUCCAAGUCGGCCCCUGCACCGAUCCCUCGACCUGCAGUUGCAGCGACUCGAUCCCCUGUCCGCUCGACUACAGUUGCGCGGGCGGCAAAUGCAUAAAUCGUUGCAGCGACGUGAAAUGCGGACCCAGAUCGGUCUGCCAGGAGGGGGCCUGCGUCUGCCCGCCCGGUUACACGGGCAACCCCAACGAUCUUGCCAAAGGGUGUCGCCUUCACGGCCACUGCUCCAACGACCUCGAUUGCGAGCCCCAACAGAUCUGCUUCCAAGUCGGAAAAGGAGUUAGAAAAUGCGUGGACGCGUGCAGCAAGUUGCAGUGCGGUCCAAACGCGUUGUGCGUCACCCAGAAUCACGCGUCCUCGUGCUUGUGCGUCGACGGAUACGUGGGGAAUCCCAGCAACUUGGUGGAGGGUUGCCAACCGUCGAAAUCGGUUAUAACGCCCGGUUGCCGCAACGACGCCGACUGCGCCAAGGACUCGUUCUGCGUCCCGCUCGACGACGGCGUCCGCGAGUGCGUGAACCCGUGCAGCAAGGUGGUGUGCGGCGCCCACCAAAAGUGCGAGCCGGACAUAAUCCCCGGCCACGCGACUUGCAAGUGCCAGGACGGGUACGAGUGGAAUCCUAUAUUGUCGUCUUGCGAGAAGCCAUCGGUCCCCGAUUGCAUAUCCGACGACGAUUGCCACGCGACGGAGGGCUGCAGGCCCGAUCCUCUCGGCGUGUUGAAGUGCGCCUCGGUGUGUGAAAGCUUCACAUGCGCCCCCAACUCUCGAUGCGUGGCGGAGAAGCAUCGCGGCCGUUGCGAGUGUCUGCCCGGUUUCGUGGGGAAUCCCAACGAUCGUCACGGUUGCCAGACGCGUAGGAAGGAUCGGUGCUCCACGGACACCGAGUGCCCCGAGGAUGAGACGUGCAGGAGCGGGAAGGAGGGGCUUCUCGCGUGUCAGCCGGUGUGCAAUUUCGUCUCGUGCGGGCCGAACGCGUUGUGCGUGGUUCACAAUCACGUGGCAAACUGCGAGUGCCCGCCCGGCCUCUACGCUGGCGAUCCCAACGACGCGGUCGAGGGAUGCAAACCUGUCCCCUGCGUCUACAACCUCGACUGCCCGCCCACGCAGCUUUGCAACAGGCUGACCCACACUUGUUACGACGCCUGCGGCGAGGAUGCUUGCGGGGUGAACGCCGUUUGCAUAGCGGACGACCACAGAGCGAUCUGCCAGUGUCCACCCGGGUUGAAACCGAAUCCGGUCGCCGACGUCGAGUGCGUGGCGAUCGAGGCCUGCCAUCCGAAUCCCUGCCACGAGACGGCCGUCUGUCCCGGGCCGUCCAACAAUCCCGUGUGCCAGUGCCCGGCAAACUUCGUCGGGGAUCCUUACGCGAAAGGCUGCCAACCGGAGGGUUACUGCGCCACAGCCAAGGAUUGCCCCGUGCACUCGAUCUGCCACAACCAUCGUUGCGCCAAUCCGUGCGAAAAUGCUUGCGGACCGAAUUCCAUUUGCGACGUUAUCAACGGGCGACCGAGUUGCAAGUGCAUCCAUAAAUUCGUACCGUCUUCGAAGGAGCCGCAGGAUGGUUGCGUCCGCGCAACCAAUUACUGCAACGUCGAUGCCGAUUGCGAGGAGAGCGUGUGCCUCGAGGGACAAUGCAUAGCUGUUUGCAGAACGGCUGCUGAUUGCUCGGCGGGUGAAAAGUGCGCUAACAAUAAGUGCGUGGUUCCCUGUGUCACCCAUUCGCAGUGUCAGACCGAUCAGACUUGCGUCAACGGAGCGUGCAUCUUGGGAUGUCGAAGCAACAAGAAUUGCCCGUCGACGGAGUCUUGCAUUAACAACAAGUGUCAAGAUCCGUGUAAAAAGAAAGAUGUUUGCGGUCCGAAUGCGAUCUGUAGCAUCACGAAUCACGCGACCCUGUGUACCUGUCCUCUCGGCUUUCACGGGAAUCCUACGCCCCAACAGGGCUGCGUCAGAGUGCCGAACAUAUGCGAGGGUCCCCAGGAUUGCCCCAGCCAGCACGUGUGCGUGUCUGGAUUCUGCCAAUGCCAAUGCAGCGAACCGAGCAACUGCGCCGAGGGUGAACGUUGCAAGAAUGGUAUAUGCAUGAAGGUGUGCUACAGUGACAGUAAUUGUCUGCCGGGCGAAUUGUGCAUCGACGGAGUGUGCGAGGUAGGCUGCACCUCCGACGUUGGCUGCAACGACAACGAGGUGUGCAUCAACAACAAGUGCAAAUGCAGCCACGGAUUCAUAGCUGGGCCGGAACACUGUUUGGACAUCAACGAAUGCGACGAUCAUCCCUGUCACUCGAGCGCGGAUUGUGUCAAUCUUCGUGGAUCUUAUCGCUGCGUCUGCCCGCAAGGGACGGCCGGUGAUCCCGUGGGAACCGGUUGCGCGAUUUCUCAUCAAUGCAUAUUGGACGCUGAUUGUCCUGACUCGCAGGCUUGCAUCCAACACAAUUGCACCGAUCCUUGCUCUCUGGUCGACUGCGGCCUCAACACAAUUUGCUCCGUUUUCGACCACGCUGCCGCGUGCCAAUGUCAGCCUGGUUACAUAGGUGAUUCCUCGGGAUGUUUCAAAGUGGAAUGUCUCUCCAAUAACGACUGCCCCACCGACAAGUAUUGCAAUCAGGACGCUAACAAAUGCAGCAGUCCUUGCAAUCAAAUGAAUUGUGGAUACGGGAACUGCGUGGCGUCCGACCACACUGGAAUAUGCCAAUGUUAUCCCGGUUUCGAGCUGGCAGGCGAUAUUUGCGAAGAUGUGGACGAGUGUUUGGAAAAUCCUUGUCACUCUUCCGCGGUUUGUCAAAACACGGAGGGCUCUUACACCUGCAUUUGUCCUCACGGAUUGGUCGGAGAUCCGUUCAAGUCGGGUUGCAAACAGCCAGGCGACUGCUUCACCGAUUUCGACUGCCCCAAUUCUGCCGCUUGCAUCGACAACAGAUGCACGAAUCCUUGCGACGUGUCCGCCGUUUGCGGAAGAAACGCCGAGUGUUUCGUCCGUGACCACGUUCCAUUUUGCAGAUGUCCUGGCCAGACUACCGGCAAUCCAGCGUCGGAGUGCGUCCAUUUGGAAUGCAAUUACCACAGCGACUGCGGUCCUUCCGACGCCUGUUUCAAUCACAAAUGCGUCGAUCCUUGCUCUCUUUCCAACGUAUGCGGCCAAGGAGCGGACUGCUCUUCUCUGAACCAUAGCGCGGUGUGCACGUGUCAACCCGGUGGCACAGGUGACCCCAAUCUGGGCUGCACACCUGUCCAAUACUGCAAAUCGGAUUCCCAAUGCGCCACAGGCUCGGCUUGCAAGGGAGGAAUAUGCACCGCGUUGUGCGGUAGCACGAGGGAUUGCAUAGGCGACCAGCUCUGCAUCAACGGCCUCUGUCAACCGACUUGCAAGACCAACUCCAGUUGCCCCGAAUACCAAUACUGUCAAAACAACAUUUGCGUGCAGGAACUGCGUUGCACGUCGAAUGGCGAUUGCUCCUACGACGAAAGAUGCGUGAAGAACAACAUUGGCCAGGCGGAGUGUCGCAAAGCGUGCGACUUGGUCCUCUGCGGGCGGAACGCGGAAUGCAAGGCGGAUAAACACGUCGCGGUUUGCUCCUGCAAAUCUGGAUUCUUUGGAAAUCCCAAGGACGAUAAGAUCGGUUGCCAGCCUAUCGAGUGCGAGGCGAACGAGGAUUGCACCGGGGAGAAGAUUUGCGACACCCACAAAUGUAGAAUCGCUUGUCUCGCCCAUAAUCCUUGCGGGGUUAACGCCAUUUGCACGGCGGAGAAGCACGUUCAGAUAUGCACGUGCCAGCCAGGUUAUACGGGAGAGCCUACUCACGGAUGCCAAUUGAUCGAUUAUUGUCUGAACGAACCGUGCGCUCCUGGCGCUCUGUGCGAAAAUUCCAGAGGCUCUUACAAAUGUCACUGUCAACAGGGAAUGGUUGGAGAUCCGUACAACAGUGGUUGUCAACCACCGGUAGAGUGUCUACAGGACGAGGAUUGCCCACUCACCGCCAAGUGUAUUAACGUCAACAAUGUGCCCAAAUGUUUCGAUGUUUGCUCGCGCACGCAGUGCGGGCCGAACGCGGAUUGCGCGGCCGCUAGUCACGCGGGGGCCUGUCAGUGUCGGCCCGAUUACGAGGGCGAUCCGAACAAUCUAAGUAUAGGCUGUCGGCCUAAACCGGUUAUUUGUUCGUCAGCCGCGGACUGCUCGCCCAACACCUACUGUUACGAAGGCAUUUGUCGACCGUCCUGCCAAUCGGACGAGGAAUGCAACUUGUCAGACCUGUGCUUGAACGGACAAUGCCUGGAUCCUUGCAACGUGAGAGCCGCGUGUGGAAUAAAUGCGGAAUGCGACGUGAGGAGUCACAUUAAACAGUGCAGCUGCCCACCUGGCUUCACCGGCAACUCGGAAGUGGAAUGCGUGAGAUUGCCAGUGUCCUGCAGAGACACGAACGAUUGCAACGACGGGAAUACCUGCCGCGACAACGUGUGCCUUCCAAUCUGCUCCAGCGACAACGAGUGCGCGUUCAACGAGAAAUGCGUUCGGGGAAACUGUUUGCUCACCUGCAGGUUGGACAACGACUGUUUUCUGGGCCACAUAUGCUUGCACAACAUGUGCACGUUCGGUUGUCGGGCGGACGAGGACUGCAACGCCAACGAAGCGUGCAUCACGAACAAAUGCAUCAAUCCUUGCGAGGCGACCCCUUGCGGGCCGAACGCCAAGUGCACGGUGUUCAAUCAACGCGCCACCUGUUCGUGCCCAGCCGGCUUCAUACCGAAUCCAACCGCGAAGGUUGCCUGCCUGAGAUCGCCUGGGCCCGUCUGCCAAGCGAACAGGGACUGCGCCACGGGGACAGCUUGCAUAGGAAACAUUUGCACCCCCGUCUGCUCCACGGAUUUGAAUUGUCUGAGCAACGAGCGCUGCGAUCCCUCGGGGAUUUGUAAAUCGUUGUGCAGAAGGGACGAGGAUUGCAGAAGCGGAGAAAUAUGCGAGGGAUUGGUGUGCGUGAUCGGAUGCCGCGCUGAUGUCGAGUGUCAAGAGAAUUUCGCUUGUCUGAAUAACCAGUGUCGAGAUCCUUGCUCUCUUCCUGACGUGUGCGGAGCGAACGCCAAGUGCACGGUCGCGGCUCAUCAGAAAGUGUGCUCGUGCCCGACACCGUUGGUAGGGGAUCCUCUGAUCGGCUGCAAACAGGCGUUCUUGCCUUGCAACGCGGAACAGGAAUGCGCGACCGGUCAGACUUGUUACGGAAGAUCUUGUUACGCAACGUGUAGAAGUGACGCUAAUUGCUUGAGCGACGAACGAUGCGACGGGGGGAUAUGCAAGGCUAUAUGCAACAGCGACGAUCACUGCGUGGCUAAUCAGAUUUGUCAGAACAGAUUAUGCGAUAUUGGAUGUCGCAGCGACAACACUUGCCCCAAUGACGAGUCUUGCAUAAAUAACAAAUGUAAAAAUCCUUGCGAGGGUGGCAAGGCUUGCGGCGAGUGCGCGGGUUGCCGCGUGGCGAAUCACGUGGCGCAAUGCAGUUGUCCGGCCAAUUAUUAUGGGAAUGCAUUAAUCAGUUGCUCGAAAUCCAUGAUCCCCUGCGACGGCGCUUGCGAAUGCGACGAGAUCGGUUUCUGCACGAAGAGUUGCCAUAGCCAGGAUCAAUGCUCGUGCGGUGAAACGUGCCAUUCGGGGAAAUGUCGCAUCAAGUGUGACGUUAACAACUAUUGUCCAAAGGGAUACGUUUGUGACGAGGGGCUGUGUCUGAUCGGAUGCCGCACACAUUCCGAUUGUCCAUCCGCCCUAUCCUGCGUCAAUGGCCAAUGCGAGGAUCCGUGUUCCGCAAAUGGAUCGCCCUGCGGAAUCAAUGCUUUGUGCCGCGUGUCGAAUCACAGAGCGGUGUGUCUGUGCCCAGAAGGGUUCCAAGGGGAGCCCAGCCAAGAGUGCUAUCAACUGGAGUGCCAUCGAGACGAGGACUGCGAGGCCAACAAACGGUGCAGCGAGGACGGUGUGUGCACGAAUCCCUGCCUCCAACACGGUGUGUGCGGCUUCAACGCGCAAUGCAGGGUGGUUAAUAGGAAGGCGCAGUGCUCUUGUCCUCCUGGACACUAUGGAAAUCCUCAGAUCAACUGCAAGAAAGGCGGGGACGAGUGUUUGAGAAGACCUUGUGGCGUGAACGCGAAGUGUAGAGAAACAUUGAACGGAUUCGAGUGCACCUGCGACCCCGGAUGCCACGGCGAUCCUCACCAAGCCUGCAUCUGCGACGGAGGGGAACCGUGCAAGGAUAUGCGUUGCGGCGUGAACGCUGCUUGCAGGAUUUACAAGAAUCAACCGCAAUGCUACUGCCCAUCCAAUUUUCCUUCCGGGGAUCCGAUGCACGCUUGUAGCGCGGAAAAGAGCUUCGAUUGUCGCACGAACGGAUGCGGUAAGGGAGCCGAGUGCAUACGGGACGGUGCGAUAUUCGUGUGCAGGUGUCCACCAGGUACCAGUGGAUCGCCGGAUGUCGAGUGCACGACAGAGCGCGAAUGCACCAGCGAUCUCGAGUGCCCGAACGAAAAGGCCUGCAUAAAUCUGCAAUGCGUGGACCCGUGCGGUCUCCGUGGCGCCUGCGGGAUCAACGCCCUGUGCCGUGUGGUUCUGCACAAACCGCGAUGCUCCUGCCCCCAGUGUUAUAUCGGUAUGCCUCACACGGCCUGCCAUCCAGACCCGAAAUGCGAAACGUUGAAUCCGCGACCGACGCCGAACAUCGGCUGCUCGUCGGACCGCGACUGCCCGGAGAGCUUGUCGUGCCACACUCGCACCGGCGAGUGCCGUGACCCGUGCCUCAGCUCCCGAUACACCUGCGAGGUGAACAAGAGGUGCCAGGUGCGGAACCACAGGCCCAUGUGCGUGUGCAAAUACGGUUUCGUCGUGAACGAGGUCGGCGAGCUGACGUGCGCCCCGGACACGUUGACGUGCACCAGGGACUUCGACUGCCCGUCGAACGCCGCGUGCGUGAACGAAUGCCAGAACCCGUGUAACGUGAGAAAGAAAAAGCCGUGCCCGGCUGACAAAACCUGCGACGUCCUGGACCACCGUCCCGUCUGCAUAUGCACACAAAACUGCAAUCCCUCCCUCUCCAUUUGCCUGCGAGACAGUGGCUGCUCUCCAGACUUGGCGUGCCGCAACUAUCGCUGCGUGGACCCAUGCAGAAACUCCACCUGUCCGGCUGAUGCCCCCUGUUACGUGGAGGAGCACAAGCCUAUCUGCAAGUUCUGUCCCCCCGGCUUUGUGCCAGAUAUUAAAUACGGAUGCAUGAAAGAUACCAAAUGCAAAACGCAUGACGACUGUCUCUCUCAAUUGGCCUGCAUAAACGAUCAAUGUCUGAAUCCGUGCACUGUUCACAAUCCAUGUGAUUUUGUGGAAGUCUGCCAUGUUCAAGAUCAUAGACCUGUUUGCGUGAAAGAGAUGACAAACGAAACAAACUGUCCUUAUUGUCCACCAGGAAUGGAGUGCGAUCCAGCGACGUAUACUUGCGUGAAAGCGGGUUGCACUAUCCACAAAGAUUGCCCGCUGACAGAGGCGUGCAUUGAGGGCACUUGUCAGGAACCGUGCCUCGUUUGGAAUCCUUGCGCCCAAAACGCGAUCUGCGUUAACACAAAUCACCGUGCGGAUUGCAGCUGCGAGGAUGGUUAUCAUGGGAAUGGAUUCAAUUACUGUGAACCAGAGGAAGAAGGUAGAAACGUAUGUCAGUAUAAUGAGGAUUGUCCACCAUAUAAAUAUUGCGACCGUCUCAACCGGAAGUGCAUCGACCCUUGCCUGAAGACGGAUUGCGGUCUGAAUGCGAGCUGUUAUCCGGAGAAUCAUCAAGCACAAUGCAAAUGUUUGGUCGGAUUUCAAGGAAAACCUUACGUUGGUUGCACGCCAGUGACCACGGAUCCAUGUGUUCCAAACCCUUGCGGUUUGGACGCGAUGUGCGAGAACGAUAAUGGCAAUCCAAUAUGCUUCUGUCCUAAGGGAUUGACUGGAAAUCCUUUCGAGCAAUGCAUACCAGAGGGCGAUCAAUGCCGAGAAAAUCUGUGUGGUGUCAAUUCUGGUUGUCGCGUGAUAUCAGGGGAAGUGAGAUGCUUCUGUUUACCAGGAUACGAAGGAAAUCCUCCUGAUUCUCCUUGCACACUCCCCAACAAUCCUUGCGAACCAUCUCCCUGUGGACCUAAUACUCAGUGCACGAUAUUGAACAACGGUUUAGCGAAGUGCACUUGCCUGCCAGGAUAUAUCGAGAGUCCAAAUACAAUCAGAGGAUGUGUACCUAAAUCUGAUCAAUGUAAUCCUAAUAUUUGUGGUCUGGGUGCUGCGUGCAAUUCGAGUAGAGUGCCUCCUUGUUAUUGUCCGGAGCACACUGUUGGAAAUCCUUACCAGAGCUGUGCAGUACCUCCAAGUGAUGUAUUCGAGCCUUGUUUAUUGAUGCCAUGUGGAAAGAAUGCUAUUUGUGUCGAGGAACACGGUAUUCCCAAAUGCAAAUGUGUUCCACCAUUUAUUGGGAAUCCGUACAUUGAUGGUUGUGAAGCGGAAUGCGUUGUGAAUCAAGAUUGCGACAAUCAUCUCGCCUGUUUCAAUCAGCAUUGCAGGGAUCCUUGUCCAGGUGUCUGUGGUUCCAAUGCAAAAUGUGAAGUAAUCGAUCAUGUGCCGGUUUGCUCUUGUUUGCCUGGCUAUACUGGGGAUCCAUUUAAUUCUUGUAAAGCCGAGAAAGCUGUACUUCCAGCUCAGAAUCCUUGCAUGCCGUCACCUUGCGGGCCACACAGCAUUUGUCGCAUGAUGAACGAUCGUGCAGUUUGUUCGUGCAGUCCAGGAUACCAUGGAUCACCGCCAUCUUGUCGUCCAGAAUGUUUAGUCAGCUCAGAAUGUGCUGCACAUUUGGCGUGCAUCGGCCAGAAAUGUGGAGAUCCUUGCCCUGGCCUUUGUGGACAGAACGCUUUGUGUCAAGUCGUGAAUCAUAAUCCUAUUUGCAGUUGUCCUCCAGAAUAUCUCGGUGAUCCUUUUUCACAUUGUGUUAAAGAAGAUAUACCACUGCCAAGUCCAAAGAAUCCUUGUCUGCCAUCACCCUGUGGCCCGAACGCCGAAUGUCGCGUGCAGGAAAAUCACCCUGUUUGCACGUGUGUUAGCGGAAUGUUUGGCGCACCACCGAAUUGCAGACCCGAGUGUCUGAUACAUCAAGACUGUCCAAAUUACCUCGCUUGUGUUCAGAAAAAAUGCGUGGAUCCUUGCAUUGGUUCUUGUGGUUUCAAUACGAAUUGCACCGUGCAUAAUCAUCGUCCCAUGUGCCAAUGUUAUGAGAGUUACGAGGGGGAUCCAUUCUCUGGAUGUAGAAAAGUUACAUUUCCAGUACCACUGCCAUGCGAUCCAUCUCCCUGCGGCGCAAAUGCAGUUUGCAAAGAACGAAACGGAGCUGGCUCGUGUACUUGUUUACCUGACUACACUGGAGAUCCUUAUGAAGGAUGUAGACCAGAAUGUGUUCAAAAUUCAGAUUGUGUUCACACGAAAGCCUGUAUAAACAACAAAUGCAAGGAUCCAUGCGUGGGUGCUUGUGGUAUAAAUGCUCAAUGCCAAGUGAUCAAUCAUCAACCCUCGUGCAGUUGUCUCUCUGGUUACACUGGAGAUCCUUUGAAAUCUUGCCACGUACCACCUGUAACACCACUGCCUGGUAACCCAUGCCAACCAUCUCCAUGUGGUCCGUAUAGCAAUUGUCGCGUGAUUGAUAAUCAUGCAGUUUGUUCCUGUCAACCGAAUUAUGUUGGUAAUCCUCCACAAUGUAGACCAGAAUGUGUUGUUAGCACAGAUUGCACUCAGAACACGGCUUGCAUCGAUCAAAAAUGUAGAGAUCCAUGCCCAGGCACUUGUGGCCAAAAUGCUGACUGUCAGGUCAUCAAUCACAAUCCGGUGUGCAGUUGCACAUCUGGAUACACUGGAGAUCCGUUCUUUGGAUGUGUUAAAGAACCGGAAGGAAAGCAACCUGGACCGGAACCGAGUGGCAAUCCAUGCAUUCCAUCACCAUGUGGACCGAAUUCUCAGUGUCGCGUGAUCGAUGGUUUCCCAGCAUGUUCUUGUCUACCGAAUUAUGUGGGCAGAGCACCGAAUUGUCGACCGGAAUGUGUUAUCAAUGAAGCAUGUCCUGGAAAUCUUGCCUGUCAGAACGAACAGUGUGUGGAUCCUUGUCCAGGCUCUUGUGGAGUAAACACUUAUUGUAACGUCGUGAAACAUAAUCCUGUUUGUAUUUGCAAUACCGGAUACACUGGCAAUCCAUUUACCGAAUGCGUACCUAUAAUAGAAGAACCCACUACAACCGAGCAACCUCGUACACCAUGCAAUCCAUCCCCAUGUGGAGCGAACGCGAUCUGCAACGAGCGAAACGGUGUCGGAUCUUGUACUUGUCUUCCAGAGUAUAUCGGCGACCCAUACACAGGAUGCAGGCCAGAAUGUGUCAUAAAUACAGACUGCGAUCGCAGCAAGGCUUGUUUGAACAACAAAUGCGUGAAUCCUUGCCCUGGCACUUGUGGACAAGGAGCAACAUGUCGAGUGAUCAAUCAUGCUCCUUCCUGCAUCUGUUUACCUGGUUUCACUGGAGAUCCUUUCAACGCUUGCACUGGAAUAGAAGUGACACCUGAACCAUUACCGCUCAAUCCUUGUGAACCAUCGCCUUGUGGACCGAAUAGCAACUGUCGCGUGCACAAUGGACAUGCAGUGUGUCUUUGUCAACCAGGAUUCGUCGGUGUCCCUCCUACAUGUCGACCAGAAUGUAUAGUGAGCUCUGAGUGUCCUCAGAACAAGGCUUGCAUCGAGAACAAGUGUGCGGAUCCUUGUCCAGGUUCCUGUGGAUUAAACACGAAAUGUCUGACGGUGAAUCAUAAUCCCAUUUGCACUUGUACGAAUGGAUACACUGGAGAUCCACUUGUUCAGUGUACUAAAUCCAACGCGACACAACCACCGUUCAAGGAUCUUGGAAAUCCAUGCUCACCUAAUCCUUGCGGACCUAAUUCUCAAUGCAGAGUGAUUGGUUCUCAGCCUGCGUGCUCCUGCCUGUUAAACUUCAUCGGUCGUCCUCCGAAUUGUAGACCAGAAUGUGUUGAUAACUCGGAUUGCUUCCAUUCGGCUGCUUGUAUAAAACAGAGAUGCAAAAAUCCUUGUAUUGGAGCUUGUGGAGAAAUGGCCAGAUGCUCGGUUCAGAAUCAUAUUCCUAUUUGUACUUGUCCUGAGGGAUACGAGGGAGAUGCUAGUGUUCGUUGUGUCUUGGCACCUCCACCAACAACGGAUAUAAGCGUAGCAAAUCCAUGUUCCCCGAAUCCAUGUGGUCCAAAUGCUCAGUGUCGCGAAAGAAACGGUGCUGGAGCUUGUGCAUGUCCACCAGAUCUUAUUGGAGAUCCCUAUGAUAACGAAAAGGGAUGUCACAGAGAGUGCGAAUCGAACAACGACUGUGCACCGCAAUUGGCUUGCGUUGGUUUCAAGUGUACCGAUCCUUGUCCAAACACUUGUGGCACAUUAUCCAUCUGUAACGUCCAGCAACACGUUCCAAUAUGCACUUGUCCUCCAGAAUACACUGGAGAUCCAUACUUUGCAUGCGAAAUAAGAGAAACGACAAGAAUUCCAUUAGAUCCAUGCUCACCAUCACCAUGUGGACCGAACAGUAAAUGUCGCGAAGUGAAUGGUCAGGCUGUUUGCACGUGUCUUCCGGAAUACAGAGGAAUUCCACCUAAUUGCAGACCAGAAUGUGUGGUAAACGCUGAAUGUCCAUUUCAUUUGGCUUGUUUGAACAAGAAAUGCACUGAUCCAUGCCCGAAUACUUGUGGAGUGAGAGCACUUUGCACCACCAAGAAUCACAAUCCUAUUUGUACCUGUCCUGUUGGAUUUACUGGAGAUCCAUUUUUCCAGUGCUCGCCUAUUCCAGAUAUUCCAUCGACUGAACGACCACCAUCUUGCAGUCCAUCGCCAUGUGGUCCGAAUUCUCUCUGUCAAAUCAUAUCCGGAAAUCCAGCAUGCUCUUGCUUACCAGAUUACAUCGGUGUUCCUCCAGAAUGUAGACCAGAAUGCAUUUUGAGCUCUGAAUGCAAGAGUCAUCUUGCUUGUGUGAAUCAGAAAUGUAAAGAUCCUUGUCCAGGUUCAUGCGGUGUAAAUGCACAAUGUCAUGUGGUUAAUCAUAUACCUGUUUGCACGUGUAUGGACGGUUUCACUGGUGAUCCAUUCGCACAAUGCAGAGUGAUUCCUCCAACAACUAUGCCAACUGUCAGCGACCCAUGUAACCCGUCACCAUGUGGAUCAAACGCAAUUUGCAAAAAUGGCGACUGCGAAUGUCUACCAGAAUACAUUGGCAAUCCAUACGAAGCUUGUCGACCAGAAUGCAUCUUAAAUUCAGAAUGUCCACGCGACAAGACUUGUCUGAGAAACAAAUGCAAAGAUCCUUGUCCUGGAACUUGUGGACAAAACGCAAUUUGCGAUGUUGUAAAUCAUAUUCCUGUAUGCUCUUGCCUAGUUGGAUACAUUGGAGAUCCAUUCGUCAGUUGUCGUGAACAGCCACAUGUUCCAGAAUCUUCAAAGGAUCCAUGCUUACCUGUUUCACCAUGCGGGCCAAACAGCCAGUGUCGCAACAUUGAGAAUCAUGCAGUAUGUUCUUGUCUUCAAGGAUAUCUUGGAUCUCCACCAUCUUGCAGACCAGAGUGCGUGAUCAGUUCAGAAUGUCCACCCACUCGUGCUUGCGUGAAUAACAAGUGCACAGAUCCUUGCUUAGGUUCUUGUGGUUUGAACGCCAGGUGCGAAGUAAUCAAUCACUCGCCGAUCUGCAGUUGUCUUCCUGGUCAAACUGGAGAUCCAUUCAAGAGUUGCUACGAUAUUCCACUACCACCAGAGCCCAAAGACACAGGAGAUCCUUGCAAUCCUUCACCCUGUGGCCCAAAUGCUCAGUGUCAAAAUAUAAAUGGCUAUCCAUCCUGUUCUUGUCUCCCUACUUACAUUGGAACUCCGCCAUCUUGUCGCCCAGAGUGUUUGAUAAAUCCUGAUUGUCCUUCAGACAAGGCUUGCAUAAACUCAAAGUGCACAGACCCUUGUCCAGGAUCUUGUGGAGAAAAUGCUAGAUGUCUGGUUGUCAAUCACGCUGUCACUUGCUCAUGCCAAGUUGAUUAUACAGGAAAUCCUUUUGUCCAGUGCAUCGAGUUGGAAAAAGAACCGAUCAAUCCAUGCGAACCUUCACCUUGCGGUUCAAACGCAAUUUGCCAACAACGUGACAACGUAGGUGCAUGCAUCUGCAUCGACGAUUAUCAUGGAAAUCCUUAUGAAGGCUGCCAACCAGAAUGUAUUCUCAGUUCAGACUGUCCAACCAACAAGGCCUGUGUUCGCAACAAGUGCGAAGAUCCUUGUCCAGGAGUAUGCGGUAUCCAGGCUCAGUGUUCUGUCAUUAAUCAUAUUCCAACUUGCACUUGUCAACCUGGCUACGUGGGAGAUCCCUUCAACAUUUGCAGUUUACCAAUCAGUCGAGAAACAGAGCCUACUGUCAUCGAUCCUUGCAAUCCAUCCCCUUGUGGACCUAACAGUUUGUGCAGAACAGUGAAGGAUCAGGCUGUAUGCACCUGUCAAGAGUCUUUCGUCGGUUUGCCACCUAAUUGCAAGCCUGAGUGUGUCGUGAACUCGGAAUGUCCUCAGAAUAAAGCUUGUUACAAAUACAAGUGUACCGAUCCUUGUCCUGGAACAUGUGGAGUGGGUGCUAAUUGCCGAGUGAUCAAUCAUAAUCCGUUAUGCAGUUGUCCACAAGGAACUACAGGAGAUCCUUUCUCUAGAUGUUAUCUUCAGCCAAUUGCGUCACCACCACCAGUGGAUCCUUGCACCCCAAAUCCGUGUGGUCUUUAUGCAGAGUGCAGAGUAAUUGGUGAUCAAGCUGCUUGCUCUUGCUUGAAAAACUAUAUAGGUCUUCCACCAAAUUGUCGUCCAGAGUGUGUCGUUAACACAGAUUGCGCUUCGAAUCAAGCUUGCAUCUCAGAAAAAUGCAGAGAUCCUUGUAUCGGAUCAUGUGGAGAAAAUGCAAAUUGUAGAGUGCAAAAUCAUAUUCCUGUAUGUCUGUGUCAACCAGGAUUCACUGGUGAUCCUUUCUCAUUAUGCUCUCCAAUAAUAGAACAACCAAAACCAUCCGAAGAUCUGUGCAAUCCAUCGCCCUGUGGACCAAACGCAGAAUGCAACGAGGGUAUUUGCACGUGUCUUUCAAAUUAUUUCGGCGAUCCAUACUCAUACUGUCGUCCAGAAUGCACUAUGAACUCGGAUUGUUCUCGAGUGAAGGCAUGUGUCAAUCAUUAUUGCGUGGAUCCAUGCGAGGGCACCUGUGGAACCAGUGCAAAAUGUGACGUGGUUAAUCAUAUUCCCAUGUGCAGCUGCCUUCCUGGUACCAGUGGAGAUCCAUUCACACUCUGUCGACCACAUGUAAUCGAAGAGCCAAGGAUACAACCAUGCACACCGUCUCCUUGCGGUCCAAACAGCAUCUGCAGAGUGGUGAACGAUCAUGCAGUUUGUUCUUGCCAAAAUGGUUUCAUGGGCAGUCCUCCAACCUGUAGACCAGAAUGCGUAGUGAGUGCCGAGUGUCCAUUGAUACAGGCGUGUCUUGGUAAUAAAUGUCAAGAUCCUUGUCCAGGCACUUGUGGCCAAAAUACUAAGUGUCAAGUGGUCAAUCACAAUCCUAUAUGCAGCUGUUCAGAAGGACAUACUGGUGAUCCAUUCUCCAGAUGUUACCCGAUGCCCAAGAAACCACCAGCGCCAACCAAUCCAUGUCAACCAUCGCCAUGUGGACCGAACGCGGAGUGUCAAGUGCGAGGUGACAAUCCAGCCUGUUCGUGUAUAGCGAAUUACAUCGGUGUUCCGCCUAAUUGUAGGCCCGAGUGUACGAUAAAUCCGGAGUGUCCGCCGCAUUUAGCGUGUAUGCAAAAGAAGUGUCGCGAUCCGUGUAUCGGUUUGUGCGGUUCAAAUGCUCAGUGUUCGGUAGUGAAUCAUCAUGCGGUGUGCGCUUGCGCGGAAGGUUACACUGGAAAUCCGUUCAGCACUUGCGAGCCGGUCGUCAAGGAUACACCCCUAGACAUUAGGAAACCAUGCGAGCCUUCCCCAUGUGGUACCAACGCGAUUUGUCGCGAGAACAAUGGCGUCGGUUCCUGUUCCUGUCUUCAAGACUACAUUGGUGACCCAUACGAAGGAUGCAGACCCGAAUGUACGCAAAAUUCCGAUUGCUCCAAGACGAUGGCCUGCAUGGGCCUCAAAUGCAGAGAUCCCUGCCCAGGAACUUGCGGAUUGCAAGCCCAUUGCGAAACGAUCAAUCACGUUCCAGCGUGUUCUUGCAACCCUGGAUACACGGGCAAUCCGUUCAACUAUUGUACCCCGGUUUCUGUGUCCCCUACAAAAGAAUCAGAUCCUUGUAAUCCAUCCCCAUGCGGACCAAAUAGUCAAUGUCGAACCGUGAACGAGCACGCUGUGUGCACCUGCUUGGCAAAUUUCAUUGGAACCCCGCCAAACUGUCGACCUGAGUGCGUAGUGAAUAGCGAGUGCUCAAGAGAACUUGCCUGCAUCGAUAAAAGAUGCAAGUCCCCUUGUAUGAACUCAUGCGGUAUCAACACACAGUGCAAGGUGAUCAACCACAGCCCUAUAUGCAUCUGCAAUAUUGGAUAUACCGGUGACCCGUUCGUCAAAUGUUUCCCCGCUCCACAAUCGCCCAAGAAUGACUUUGACUUGGCUCCCAAAGAUCCGUGCAUACCAUCCCCGUGUGGUAUGUACGCGGAAUGCAAAAAUAUUGAUGGCACACCUUCUUGUUCCUGUUUACCAAGAUACAUUGGAUCUCCACCGAUCUGUCGACCAGAAUGUCGUGUCAACUCCGACUGUCCCAUGAAUCUUGCUUGCACGAAGGAGAAAUGCAGAGAUCCUUGUCAAGGAUCUUGUAGCGUUACGUCCUUAUGCACGGUUUACAAUCACGUGCCAGUAUGCACUUGUCCCGAACAAUACACUGGUGAUCCUUUCAGCAAUUGUUAUUCUGCUCCUAGUCCAACUGAACCAACUGUCGUUGAUCCUUGUGCAUCAUCACCUUGUGGUCCAAAUACGCAGUGCAACGAUGGUGUUUGUACAUGUUUGGCGGAAUAUCAGGGUGAUCCUUAUGUAGGUUGUCGACCAGAGUGUGUAUUGAACACAGAUUGCCCCCAGAAUCGAGCUUGCGUGAGAAACAAGUGUGUCAAUCCUUGUCCUGGUAUCUGUGGUCGAAAUGCAGAGUGUUUGAUGUAUAAUCAUAUACCUAUGUGCACUUGUCCUAGUGGUAUGAUUGGAAAUGCAUUUGUUCAAUGCAUUGUUCUUCAAGAUACCAUACCAAGAAACCCUUGUUCACCUUCACCCUGUGGACCAAACAGUGUCUGUCGACUAAUCAAUCAACAACCAGUAUGUUCCUGCGUAGCAGGAUAUCUCGGUGCACCACCUGCUUGUCGACCAGAGUGCACAGUUAGCUCUGACUGUUCUUUAUCAGAAGCUUGUAGUAAUCAGAAAUGUGUAAAUCCUUGUCCUGGUUCUUGCGGAUUUAAUACAAUUUGCAACGUUAUCAAUCAUAAUCCCAUAUGCAGUUGUUUGCCCGGAUUUACAGGAGAUCCUUUCAUUCGAUGUAUUCUACAACCACCAGAGCCUAUAAUACCACAAAAUCCAUGUGAACCCUCUCCAUGCGGGCCCAAUUCUCAAUGUAGAGUCGUCAACAAUUCACCCUCUUGUUCCUGUUCAUCAGAAUUCAUAGGCAUUCCUCCUAAUUGUAGACCAGAAUGUAUCAGUAAUAGCGAAUGUCCCAGUGAUUUGGCCUGCAUGAAUCAGAAAUGCAAAGAUCCUUGUCUUGGAUCUUGUGGAGUCAAUGCUGAAUGUCGUGUUGUCAGCCAUACACCUAUGUGUGUCUGCCCCAAUGAUUAUACUGGCGAUCCUUUCACUCAAUGUAUACUUAGACCAUCUAUCUCUGAAAAUCUUUCUCCAUGUACCCCAUCUCCAUGCGGAUUCAAUGCGAUAUGCAAAGAACAAAAUGGUGUAGGUUCAUGCUCCUGUUUGCCCGAUUAUAUUGGAAAUCCCUACGAAGGCUGUCGACCUGAGUGUAUCAUUGAUACGGAUUGUCCAUCCAUAUUGAGUUGCAUUUGUUCCAAAUGUCAAGAUCCUUGUCUAGGCACUUGUGGCAUGAAUACAGAGUGUAAAGUUAUCAAUCAUCGUCCUGCAUGUACGUGCAUUCAAGGUUACAGUGGAAAUCCUUUCCACUAUUGUAUCUUGACUCGUGAAAUAGAAGAUGAAACGAAAUUUAAAGAUCCAUGCAAUCCAUCACCCUGUGGACCAAAUAGUCAAUGUCGCGUGAUAAAUGGCCAAGGUGUUUGCUCUUGUUUGCCAGAAUACAGAGGCACACCUCCUAUGUGUCGUCCAGAGUGUGUUCUGAACUCAGAAUGUUCUCAAGACCGCGCAUGUGUCAAUCAGAAAUGUGUGAAUCCUUGUCCUGCUUCUUGUGGCACAUUUGCCACCUGUGUGAUCAGGAAUCACAGUCCAAUCUGUGCUUGCAGAGAAUCAUACACAGGAGAUCCAUUCACCAUGUGUUUCCCUAUUCCACAAGCCUUACCUGUAUCAGUCGAAGUUACACAACCAUGUCUGCCUUCUCCUUGUGGUCCAAACUCCGAAUGUCGUGUAGUUAAUAGUGGUCCAUCCUGUCAAUGUCUAGCUACUUACAUUGGAAGUCCUCCAAACUGUAGACCAGAAUGUAUCAUCAACUCUGACUGUCCUAGUAAUAGAGCUUGCAUCAGACAGAAAUGUACAGAUCCUUGUCUAGGAUCUUGUGGAGUUGGCACUCAGUGUAGCGUGAUUAAUCACGUACCUAUGUGUACCUGUCUUCAAGAAUACACUGGAGAUCCCUUUACAAAUUGCUAUCCAAUGCCACCACAAUUGCCACCCUCUGAAUCAGACCCUUGCAAUCCAUCACCCUGUGGACCAAACGCUCAAUGCAAUGCAGGAAUAUGCACAUGUUUACCGAAUUAUCAAGGUGAUCCGUACACUAGCUGUCGUCCUGAAUGUGUUCUCAACAAUGACUGUCCUUUGAAUAGAGCUUGUGUUCGAAACAAGUGUGUGGACCCGUGUCCAGGCACUUGUGGUAGGAACGCAAUUUGCAAUGUCCUGAAUCAUAUACCCAUGUGUUCUUGUCCAGCAGGAAUGGCUGGUAAUGCUUUCAUUUCCUGUGAAAGAGUCGAAGAACAAGUACAGGUAAAUCCCUGUAAUCCAUCUCCUUGUGGACCUAACAGUAAGUGCAGAACUAUAAAUAGUCAAGCAGUGUGUUCCUGUGUGUCAGGAUUUCUUGGCAAUCCGCCUAAUUGCAGACCGGAAUGUGUGAUUAGUUCAGAUUGUCCUAGGAAUCAAGCUUGCAAUAAUCAGAAGUGCAUCGAUCCUUGCUCUGGUACUUGCGGGUGGAAGGCAUUGUGCCAGGUUGUCAAUCACAAUCCUGUGUGCAGUUGUCCUUCCGGUUUCACUGGAGAUCCUUUCUUUAGAUGUGAAUUUAUCACUGUAAGACCAUCACAGGAAGAUACAUGCGCUUCUUGUCAAUGUGGUCCCAAUUCCAUAUUCCAAACGAUCAACGACAAAUCGUCUUGUGCCUGUUUGCCCGAUUUUAUCGGUUCCCCGCCAAAUUGUAGACCAGAGUGCGUGAGCAAUAGCGAAUGCUCGAGUAAUUUGGCUUGCAUCAAUCGCAAGUGUAAAGAUCCUUGUCCAGGCUCGUGUGGUUCCAACACGGAGUGUCGAGUAGUCAGUCAUACACCGAUGUGUGCCUGUUUAACUGGUUUUACAGGCGAUCCCUUUGCGCAGUGCAUACCGAAACGACCCGAGAUCGAGCUCACGCCACAAUCCCCAUGCAUCCCAUCGCCCUGUGGCCCGAACGCCAUAUGCAAAGAACAAAAUGGAGCCGGCUCGUGCACUUGUGCUCCAGAUUAUAUAGGCAACCCGUACGAAGGAUGUCGACCCGAAUGCACAGUAAAUUCUGACUGUCCUUCGAACUUGGCAUGUAUUAGAUCUAAAUGUCAGAACCCCUGUCCCGGUACCUGUGGAUCAAAUGCUGAUUGCACGGUGAUCAAUCACCUGCCCAGCUGCACUUGUCUGGCUGGAUUCACGGGAGAUCCUUUUGUGAACUGUUACGUUCAACCGGCAGUUCUCCCUGAUCUACAAAAAAAUCCUUGUAACCCCUCGCCCUGUGGACCCAAUAGUUUGUGCCGCGUGAAUAAUGACCAAGCUGUGUGCUCUUGCCUAUCUGACUACGUAGGCAGUCCCCCUGGAUGUCGACCGGAAUGCGUAGUUAGCUCAGAAUGUCCUUUGAACAAAGCUUGCGUCAAUCAGAAAUGUACAGACCCUUGUCCUAAUCGCUGUGGUACUAAUGCGGAUUGCAGAAUCGUGAACCACAGCCCUAUUUGCGCUUGCAAACUGGAUUUCACCGGAGAUCCCUUCACCAGAUGUUUCCCCACGCCAAAACCAUCACCAACCUUAAUUGAAAACCCUUGUGUACCAUCCCCUUGUGGCCCGAAUUCAGAGUGCCGUGAUAUCGGAGGUUCUCCUUCUUGUUCCUGUUUGCCAAAUUAUAUGGGCAGUCCACCGAAUUGUAGACCAGAGUGCACCAUAAAUCCCGAUUGUCCUAGCAAUCGAGCAUGCAUGAACGAAAAAUGCAGUGAUCCAUGUCUUGGCUCUUGCGGAUUCGGCGCUAUUUGCAACGUAAUCCAUCAUACCCCUGCGUGCUCUUGUCCCGAAGAUUUCACCGGUGAUCCAUUUAACAGCUGUCAACCAUUACCACCUGAACCGAUAAAAGAUGUUCCGUCAGAUCUUUGCAAUCCUUCACCUUGUGGCCCGAACGCAGAAUGCAAUAAUGGUAUCUGCACUUGCCUUCCCGAGUAUCGUGGAAACCCGUACGAACUCUGUCGCCCUGAAUGCGUGUUAAAUAACGAUUGUCCUCAGAAUAAAGCUUGUGUUCGCAACAAAUGUAUCGAUCCUUGUAUAGGCACUUGUGGACAAAAUGCAAUUUGCAAUGUAUACAACCAUGUUCCUAUGUGCAGUUGUCCUAGUGGAAUGUCUGGAAAUGCUUUCGUCCUAUGUAUCGUUUUGAAAGAACCACUUGGAGCAGUAGAUCUUUGUAGACCAUCUCCUUGCGGACCCAAUAGUCAGUGUCGUGUUGUGAAUCAACAAGCGAUUUGUUCUUGCGUUCAGGGAUAUCUGGGAGCUCCGCCAUCUUGCAGACCAGAGUGCGUGGUCAGUUCAGACUGUCCACGAAAUCUGGCUUGUAAUAAUCAGAAAUGUAUCGACCCUUGUACUGGUACUUGUGGUUUGAGAACCCAAUGUCAGGUGGUGAAUCAUAAUCCUAUUUGUAGCUGUCUUCCAAGGUACUCUGGAGAUCCUUUUACCAGAUGUGAUCUUAUAAUUGAAACACCUCCUGAGUCCGUCAACCCUUGUCAACCAUCUCCUUGUGGACCAAACGCUCAAUGUCGCGUGGUGAACGAUUCACCUUCUUGCACGUGUUUGCCAGAAUUUAUUGGAUCACCACCGAAUUGUAAACCUGAAUGUGUUAGUAACAGCGAGUGUGCUUCCCACCUUGCUUGCAUGAAAAAAUGUCGAGAUCCAUGUCCUGGUGCUUGUGGAUCGAACACAGACUGUCGUGUUGUUAGCCACACUCCUAUGUGUGUCUGCUUGAAUGGAUAUACCGGAGAUCCUUUCACUCAGUGUGUGAUUCAAAAACCCAUUCUUAUCGAAAACGAGUCACCCUGUACACCGUCACCCUGUGGAGCAAACGCGAUAUGCAAAGAGCAAUCCGGAGCAGGUUCUUGUACAUGUUUAUCAGACUAUAUCGGAAAUCCUUACGAAGGAUGUCGUCCAGAGUGUACUGUCAACUCUGAUUGUGUCUCGAAUAUGGCUUGCAUACGUUCUAAAUGCCAAGAUCCUUGUCCAGGAACUUGUGGUCAAAAUGCAAUUUGUCAAGUGAUCAAUCAUUCACCAGCAUGUACUUGUAUACCUGGAUUCACUGGUGAUCCUUUUAGAUAUUGCAAUCCCAUUGUUCAAACGGAACUAAUUCUAAGAGAGCCUUGCAAUCCAUCCCCCUGUGGACCAAACAGUCAGUGUCGCGUCAUGAACAAUCAACCUGUCUGUACUUGUCUACCAGAAUACAUUGGAAGUCCUCCAGGAUGUCGACCAGAAUGUGUAAUGAGUUCAGAAUGUCCAUUGAACAGAGCUUGCAUGAACAAUAAAUGUAUAAAUCCUUGCCCUCAGCCUUGUGGAUCGAAUACUAAUUGUAUGGUACUCAAUCAUAGUCCCAUAUGUAGUUGCAAGCAAGGAUUCACUGGAGAUCCUUUCAGUAGAUGUUUCCCUGUGCCACAACUUGCACCUGGUCCGGUUGUUCAAAAUCCCUGUGUACCUUCACCCUGUGGACCAUACGCAGAAUGUCGCGAUAUUGGUGGUGCGCCAUCCUGUUCUUGUCUUAAAUCCUAUAUCGGUAGUCCACCAAAUUGUAGACCCGAAUGUACUAUCAAUUCUGAAUGUGCUAGUAAUCAGGCUUGCAUAAACGAGAAAUGUAGAGAUCCUUGUCCAGGUUCCUGUGGAUUAUCAGCUAUCUGUAACGUGAUUAAUCAUACACCAGCUUGCACAUGUCCGGAAGAAUUCACGGGAGAUCCUUUCAAUAAUUGUUAUCUUAAACCGAUGGAAGAACCAUCAAGACCUGUAGAUCCUUGCAACCCCUCCCCUUGCGGUCCAAACGCGAUAUGCACAGAUGGUAGCUGCACUUGUCUCUCAGACUACCAAGGAGAUCCUUAUAUAGGUUGUCGACCAGAAUGCAUCCUUAACAACGAUUGUCCUUUAUCUCGAGCUUGCAUUCGCAAUAAAUGCGUAGAUCCAUGUCCCGGAACUUGUGGUGAAAAUGCACAGUGCAACGUAUACAAUCAUAUUCCUAUGUGCAGCUGCUUGCCUGGAAUGACAGGAAACGCUUUUCUUUCUUGUCGUCCAAGUAGAGGCCCCGAAGAUCCCUGUAAUCCUUCACCCUGUGGAUCCAACAGUAUCUGUCGCGUGAUAAACGAGCAAGCAGUAUGUUCUUGUGUGCCCAGUUUUAUAGGAACACCUCCUUCCUGUAGACCAGAGUGCACCGUGAGUUCAGAUUGUCCAAAAAAUCAGGCGUGCAGCAAUCAAAAAUGUAUAAAUCCUUGCGCUGGUUCAUGUGGUGUCAUGGCUAAGUGUCAAGUGAUUAAUCAUAAUCCAAUUUGUAAUUGUCCAGCCGGUUUCACAGGCGAUCCUUUUGUGAGAUGCGAACCUAAAAUUGAAAGGCCAGAAUUACCUAUUAAUCCGUGUCAACCAUCACCAUGCGGACCCAAUGCGAUCUGUCAGACAAUAAACGAUUCACCUUCCUGCUCUUGUAUGCCUGAAUUUGUCGGAUCACCACCUAAUUGUAAACCAGAAUGUAUUAGUAACAAUGAAUGCGCUAGCAACUUAGCGUGUGUGAACAACAAAUGUAAAGAUCCUUGUGCUGAAUCCUGUGGAUCUAAUACUGAGUGUCGCGUAGUAAGCCAUACUGCCAUGUGCGUGUGUUUGAUCGGUUAUGAAGGCGAUCCAUUUAUUCAGUGUACUUUGAAAAAGAGUAAGACAUUCUAUAGAUAUUUUGAAGAUAAAUUGAUUUUAGUUUUGAAUAGUAAAAUUUAUUUCUUUCGAAUUUUAGCUGACAUACAAUCGACUGUUUCUACUCCAUGCACUCCAUCACCCUGUGGUUCAAAUGCUGUUUGCAAAGAACAAAGUGGAGUUGGUUCAUGUUCUUGUUUACCCGAUUAUAUAGGCAAUCCUUAUGAAGGUUGUCGACCAGAAUGUAUCAUGAAUUCUGAUUGCGUAUCUACUCGCGCUUGUAUUCGUUCUAAGUGUCAGGAUCCUUGUCCUGGUGCUUGUGGCAUGAAUGCCGAGUGCCAGGUUGUCAAUCAUUUACCACAAUGUAAUUGUUUCCCCGGUUACACUGGUCAGCCUUAUCAAUUCUGUCAAUUGAUUACAACACAAUUUGAAGAUAAGAAAGAUCCAUGUUCUCCAUCGCCCUGUGGACCGAAUAGUAAAUGCCAAGUAAUUAAUGAUCAGGCAGUUUGUUCUUGUCUACCAGAAUUUACUGGUUCACCUCCUGGAUGUCGACCAGAAUGUGUAGUCAGUGCAGAAUGCCCAUCGAAUUUAGCCUGUAUUAAUCAGAAAUGCAUAAACCCUUGUCCUGGACCAUGCGGCACCAACGCAGAAUGCAAUGUUAUUCACCAUAGUCCUAUCUGUGCCUGUAGACAAAAAUAUACCGGUGACCCAUUCAGUCGUUGUUUCCCUAUGCCAGAAUCUCUACCAGUUCCGGUACCAUUUAAUCCAUGCAUUCCAUCGCCUUGUGGUCCAAACGCAGAAUGUCGCGAUAGCAAUGGCAUAUCUUCUUGUUCCUGUUUACCAAACUUUAUAGGAAGCCCUCCAAAUUGUCGUCCAGAAUGUACAGUGAACUCUGAUUGUUCUCUUAAUCAAGCCUGUAUGAGAGAGAAAUGCAAAGAUCCUUGUCCUGGUUCUUGUGGUACUUUUGCUCAGUGUACCGUAAUGAAUCAUGUACCAGUUUGUAGUUGCAUCGAAGGUUAUACUGGAGAUCCAUUUACAAACUGUUAUCCUAAACCACUACCACAACCAACAAUUUCUGAAGAUCCUUGCAAUCCAUCACCCUGUGGAUCAAAUACAGAGUGUAACAAUGGCAUUUGUACUUGUUUAGCUGAAUAUAGAGGAGAUCCCUAUAGAGGAUGUAGACCCGAGUGUGUUCUCAAUACGGAUUGUCCCACGAAUCAAGCUUGUGUUCAUAAUAAAUGCACUGAUCCUUGUGUCAACACUUGUGGACAAAAUGCCAUAUGCAAUGUCUUCAAUCAUAUUCCUAUGUGCAGUUGUCCUUCAAGCAUGAGUGGCAAUGCUUUCAUACUCUGUUCCCCAAUUCAAGAUGUAGCUCCAACAACGCCCUGUAAUCCAUCCCCAUGUGGUCAGAAUAGUCAAUGUCGUUCGAUAAAUGGCCAAGCAGUCUGCUCUUGCGUAUCUGGUUACAUAGGAAGUCCUCCAUCUUGUAGACCAGAAUGCGUAGUUAGCUCAGAUUGCUCCAGAAAUGAAGCAUGUAGUAAUCUAAAAUGUGUAAAUCCAUGUGUGGGAACCUGUGGCAUCCAAGCACAGUGUCAGGUCAUUAAUCAUAAUCCCAUAUGCAGUUGUCCUGCAGGAUUUUCCGGAGAUCCGUUCCUCAGGUGCAAUCCUAUCAUGGAAACCAAACCAGAAAUUAUAAACGUAUGCAAGCCAUCACCAUGUGGUCCUAACGCUCUGUGCCAAGUAAUAAAUGAUUCGCCAUCUUGCACCUGUUUACCAGGAUUUAUUAACUCUCCACCAAAUUGUCGUCCGGAAUGUGUCAGUAAUAGCGAAUGUUUGACACAUCACGCUUGUAUAAAUCAAAAAUGCAAAGAUCCAUGCCCUGGUUCCUGCGGAGAGAAUGCAGACUGUCGUGUAGUCAGUCACACACCCAUGUGUGUUUGUUCCAUUGGAUAUACGGGUGACCCGUUCACGCAAUGCGUUUCAUUCCAAGAAUCGAUACCAACUUCCCCUUGCACACCAUCGCCCUGCGGUUCGAACGCUAUUUGCAAAGAACAAAAUAGAGUGGGAUCUUGUGCCUGUUUGCCUGAAUAUAUUGGCAAUCCAUACGAAGGAUGUCGACCAGAGUGCACUGUUAGUUCAGACUGUCCCUCGAAUCUUGCCUGCAUAAGAAACAAGUGUCAAAAUCCUUGUCCUGGAACGUGUGGACAGGAUGCUAUUUGUCAAGUGAUUAAUCAUUCGCCAACUUGCACUUGUGUACCUGGUUUCACGGGUGAUCCGUUUAGAUAUUGUCAACUUAUGAGAGAACCUGACAAAUCCGAAGAUGAGACAAACCCGUGUAUUCCAUCGCCCUGCGGGCCGAAUAGUCAAUGCCGCGUGGUUUCCGGUAACGCGGUAUGUUCUUGCCUACCAGAGUACACUGGAAAUCCUCCCUCGUGCCGUCCAGAAUGUGUCGUGAGCUCAGAUUGCCCCUCGAAUAGAGCCUGCAUGAAUCAGAAAUGUGUGAAUCCUUGUCCACGACCUUGUGGACAAAACACUAACUGUCUAGUCGUAAAUCACAGUCCAAUUUGUACCUGCAAAGAAGGAAACACUGGAAAUCCGUUCACUAGAUGUUUCUCUCUUCCAACUCAACCAAUGUUACCUGAUCUACCUCAGAAUCCCUGUGUACCAUCCCCCUGCGGACCAUAUUCUGAAUGUCGAGAUAUCGGUGGCGCCCCUUCUUGUUCCUGUUUAGCUAAUUAUUUCGGUAGUCCACCGAAUUGUAGGCCAGAAUGUACCGUAAACUCGGAUUGUCCAAGUGAUAGAGCGUGCAUCAGACAGAAAUGCAUUGAUCCUUGUCCUGGAUCUUGCGGUUUAUCCUCACAAUGUACGGUUUUCAAUCAUGUUCCGGUUUGUACAUGUCUGGAGGGAUUCACUGGUGAUCCUUUCAGCAACUGUUCUCCUGCUCCACCCGUUGAAACAGUUCCUGAAGAUCCGUGCAAUCCAUCACCUUGUGGUCCAAAUGCGCAGUGCAAUAAUGGUGUUUGUACGUGUUUGGCAAAAUAUCAGGGCGAUCCUUAUUUAGGUUGUCGACCAGAAUGUGUUCUUAAUACAGAUUGUCCUUUGACUCAAACUUGUCUACGUAACAAAUGUGUUGAUCCUUGUAUCGGUACUUGUGGCCAAAAUGCAGUUUGCAACGUGUACAAUCACGUACCAAUGUGUAGUUGUCCUGCUGGAAUGACAGGCAAUGCAUUUGUUUUCUGUAAUCCAUUCAGAGAUCCUCUUGUGACGAAUCCAUGUAACCCAUCACCUUGCGGACCGAAUAGUCAGUGUAGAGAAGUGAACGAGCAAGCUGUGUGCACUUGCAUUCCUGGUUUCGUUGGUAUUCCACCGACUUGUAGACCAGAAUGUGUAGUGAGCACAGAUUGUGGACCCACAGAAGCUUGUAUAAAUCAAAAAUGCAAUAAUCCGUGUAUCGGAUCAUGUGGAAUCAGAGCAAUUUGUCAAGUAGUCAAUCAUAAUCCGAUUUGCAGUUGCUCUGUUACAAUGACUGGUGAUCCAUUUGUCAAGUGUAUUGAGAAACCAUUAGAAGUACCACCGCAACAGAAUCCUUGUGAACCAUCUCCUUGUGGUCCAAAUGCGCAAUGUCAAGUUAUCAAUAAUUCUCCAUCGUGUUCUUGUUUGCCAGAAUUCACUGGUUCAUCACCUAAUUGUAGACCAGAAUGCAUAAGUAAUAACGAGUGUCCAAGUAACUUAGCAUGCAUCAACCAGAAAUGUAGGGACCCUUGUCCAGGUUCCUGUGGUGAAAAUGCUAUAUGCAACACAGUAUCUCACACACCAAUGUGCACAUGUUCCUCAGGAUACACUGGAGAUCCAUUCACUCAGUGUGUCUUGCAACAACUUAUUCCAAUGUACAUUCCUCAACCCUGUGUACCAUCUCCUUGUGGAGCAAAUGCAAUCUGUAAGGAACGAAACGGAGCAGGAUCAUGCUCUUGUUUGCCAAGCUAUAUAGGUAAUCCCUAUGAAGGCUGUCGGCCGGAAUGUGUGUUAAAUUCAGAUUGUGUACCAAGCAAGAAUUGUGUUCAAUUUAAAUGCGAGGAUCCUUGUCCCGGUACAUGUGGUCAGAAUGCAGUUUGUCAAGUGAUUAAUCAUGUGGCUACUUGUAAUUGCUUGCCUAGAUUUACCGGAGAUCCUUUCAGAUUUUGUAGAGAAGAAGAGAUAGUCACUUCACCGACUGUGAAAAAUCCUUGUCAACCAUCACCUUGUGGAGCAAACAGUGUCUGUAAAGAGAACAAUGGACAGGCAGUGUGCUCGUGCUUGCCUGAAUUCCGUGGUUCUCCACCAGGAUGUAGGCCAGAAUGCGUGGCUAGCGCAGAAUGUUCUUUUGAUCGAGUUUGCGUAAAUCAGAAGUGCAUCGAUCCUUGUCCUGAUCCUUGUGGAAGAAACGCGGUUUGCAGAGUUAUCAAUCGUAAUCCUAUCUGUUCUUGCCAACAAGGAUUUACCGGAGAUGCUUUCACUAUCUGUUUUCCUGUUCCACGUCCAUCACCAGAGUCUUUAAUACCUGUGCAACAAGAUCCUUGUCUUCCAUCUCCUUGUGGUCCAUACUCACAGUGUCGAAAUAUUGGAGGAAAUCCCUCUUGUUCUUGUUCGCCAUCUUAUAUCGGUGUUCCACCAAAUUGCAGACCAGAGUGUACUAUAAACGCAGAAUGUUUGUCUGCACUCGCUUGUAUUCGCGAAAAGUGCUCUGAUCCUUGUCCAGGAUCAUGUGGUGUUGGUGCACAAUGCACUGUUGUUAAUCAUGUCCCGAUUUGUUCUUGUCUUGAAGGAUAUACUGGAGAUCCAUUUAGCAGCUGUAUUCCGAAACCAUUUAUAUCCGAAGAACCAGUGUUAGAUCCCUGCAAUCCUUCACCAUGUGGAGCAAAUGCGCUUUGUCGCGAUGGUUCUUGCACGUGUCUUCCGGAAUUCCAAGGUGAUCCUUAUAGUGGUUGUCGACCAGAAUGUGUGAUGAAUACUGACUGUGCUCGUGACAGAGCAUGUAUAAGAAACAAAUGCAUAGAUCCAUGUAUAGGAACUUGUGGACAGAACGCACAAUGCCAGACGAUUAAUCACAUUCCCAUGUGUAACUGUCCUAUUGGCAUGUCCGGAAACGCUUUUGUUUCCUGUUCUCCAGUUCAGGAAGAUACAAUACAAAACCCUUGCACUCCAUCACCUUGUGGACCGAAUAGUCAUUGUCAAGAAGUAAAUGGAAUCGCAGUUUGCAAAUGUAUAGAAGGUUUCAUGGGCAAUCCACCUACUUGUCGACCAGAAUGUGUCGUUAGUUCAGAUUGCGAGCUUUCCAAAGCUUGUGUCAAUCAGAAAUGCAGAGAUCCUUGUCCCGGAAGUUGUGGUGUAAGAGCAGAAUGCUCCGUGGUCAAUCAUAAUCCCAUUUGCAGGUGUCCUCAAGGUUUGAGUGGUGAUCCUUUCGCUGUUUGUACUGUUAUAGUCGAAACAUCUCCAGAACCGAUCAAUCCGUGUUACCCAUCACCUUGCGGUCCAAAUGCUCAAUGUCAAAUUAUGAAUCAAGCACCCUCAUGCUCGUGUUUGCCAGAAUUCACGGGAUCCCCGCCAAAUUGUAGACCAGAAUGUGUUAGCAAUAGCGAGUGUUCAACUCGACAAGCUUGUAUUAAUCAGAAAUGCAAAGAUCCAUGUCCUGAUUUAUGCGGAGCUAAUGCUGAGUGCAGCGUGUUCAGUCAUACUCCGAUUUGCUCUUGUCGUACAGGAUUCACUGGAGAUCCUUUUGUUCAAUGCAGUCCCCUUCAAAUUGUUGAAGAAAGACCUUCACCUUGUAUACCAACACCAUGUGGCGCGAACGCGAUUUGUAAAGAAUCAGGAAAUGCAGGUGCUUGCUCUUGCUUGCCUGAUUACAUAGGAAACCCUUACGAGGGUUGCAGACCAGAAUGCGUCGUGAAUUCAGAUUGUACAGCGAAUCUUGCAUGCAUAAGAUCCAAAUGCCAGGAUCCUUGUCCAGGCACUUGUGGUCCGAAUGCCAUGUGCAAUGUUGUGAAUCAUUUGCCAGUAUGCAUUUGUAUACAGGGAUAUACGGGAGACCCAUUUAGAUAUUGCAAUUUGAGUCCAAUGAAACAAGAAGAUGUGAUAGUGAAUCCUUGCAAUCCUUCACCUUGUGGGCCAAAUAGCGAAUGUCGCGUAAACAAUAAUCAAGCAGUCUGUUCUUGUAAAUCAUCUUACCUUGGCAGUCCACCUAAUUGCAGACCAGAAUGUGUAGUUAGCACUGAAUGCUCUCUGACACGAGCCUGCGUUAAUCAGAAAUGCAUAGAUCCAUGUCCCAAUUCGUGUGGCGUGAAUGCCAAUUGUAGGAUUAUUAAUCAUAGUCCUAUUUGUUUCUGCAACAAUGGAUACACUGGAGAUCCUUUCACUGCCUGUUUCCGUGCUCCUGUUCCUCCAGAAACUGCACUAACAGUGCAAAGAGACCCGUGUUUGCCAUCACCAUGUGGACCUAAUGCAAUUUGCCAGAAUGUAGGUCAAACUCCAGCUUGCACUUGUUUGUUAAACUAUCGUGGCAGUCCACCAAAUUGUAGACCAGAAUGUACGAUCAAUUCUGAGUGUCCUAGUAACCAAGCAUGUAUCCGAGAAAGAUGUAAAGAUCCCUGUCCAGGUUCAUGUGGUUUUAAUGCUCUGUGUACUGUAUUCAAUCACGUUCCUAUGUGUUCAUGUAUCGAAGGGUACACUGGCGAUCCUUUUAAUCAAUGUAGUCAACAAGUGAAACCUCCUGAACCAGUAGAGACAGAUUUAUGUAAUCCAUCUCCCUGUGGACCUAACACUCAAUGCGACAAUGGAAUUUGUUCUUGUCUGCCCAAUUAUUACGAAGAUUCGACUAUUGGUUGUCGACCAGAAUGUGUACUUAACAAUGAUUGCCCUAGAGACAAAGCUUGCAUGAGAAAUAAAUGCGAGGAUCCUUGCAUUGGAACGUGUGCCAAUGAUGCAAUUUGUAAUGUAGUUAAUCAUGUACCAAUGUGCAGCUGUCCACCUGGUUUCGAAGGAAAUGCAUUUGCAUUCUGUCGUCCUGCUAUAGCCAAUGUUCCAUCCAAUCCGUGCAGUCCGUCACCUUGCGGACCUAACAGUCAAUGUCGAUCGAAUAAUGGCCAAGCAAUUUGCAGUUGCGUGUCAGGUUAUUUAGGAAAUCCACCGAAUUGUCGUCCAGAGUGUAUAAUUAGCUCUGAAUGUCCACCAAAUGAAAUUUGCACAAAUCAGAAGUGUAGAAAUCCUUGCAUCGGUUCGUGUGGUUUGGAAGCUCGUUGCACAGUUGCAAAUCGUAAUCCUAUUUGUCAUUGUCCUGAAGGAUUCACGGGUGAUCCAUUCGUUAGAUGUUUUUUACUUCCAUCAGUUCCACCAGAACCGAUAAACGUUUGCCAACCUUCACCUUGUGGACCCAAUGCUCAGUGUCAAAUAUCAGAAAAUUCAUCUUCCUGCAUAUGUUUACCUGAUUUUAUCGGUUCUCCACCGAAUUGCAGACCUGAGUGUAUCAGCAAUAGCGAGUGUCCGAGUUAUCAAGCUUGUGUGAACCAAAAAUGUAAAAAUCCUUGUAUUGGUUCAUGUGGAGAGAAUGCACAAUGUCGUACUGUCAGUCACACGCCUAUGUGCUAUUGCGAAACCGGUUAUACCGGUGAUCCAUUCAUGCAAUGCUUUAUUAAGCCCAUCGAGGAUACAUCGAUAAAAGUAAAUCCAUGCUUACCCUCUCCUUGCGGGCCUAAUGCGAGAUGCACCGAAAGAAACAACGUAGGCUCUUGCGCGUGUCUCUCGGGCUACAUAGGAAAUCCGUACGAAGGGUGCAGGCCAGAAUGUAUUCUAGACUCCGAUUGUUCACCCACUCGUGCCUGUAUUAAUUCAAAAUGUGUCGAUCCGUGUCCAGGAACGUGUGGAACCAAUGCAGAAUGCCGCGUAAUCAAUCAUCGAGGUUCUUGCACCUGUUUCUCUGGUUAUACCGGUGAUCCCUAUCAAUAUUGUUCUAUCCAACCUAUUGUUUCUGAUGUCCCUGUAAGCGAUCCCUGUGGAAGUAGCCAAUGCGGUCCUAAUAGUCAAUGCAGGGUGAUUAAUCAAGUGGUUGUUUGCUCAUGCAUGCCGAAUUAUAUUGGUACUCCUCCAGCUUGUAGACCGGAAUGUGUUACCAGCUCGGAAUGUACUAUUGACAAAGCGUGUGUAAAUCAAAAAUGCGUAAAUCCGUGCCCUACCUCUUGUGGAAAGAACUCCGAUUGCAGAGUGAUCAAUCAUGCGCCUUUGUGUAAUUGCAUGAGAGGAUAUACUGGUGAUCCGUUCUCUAUCUGUUUUCCUAUUCCAUUGACACCACCUGUUCAAUUUGAUCUUGUACCGAAAGAUCCUUGUAUUCCAUCUCCUUGUGGUGCUUAUUCAGAAUGUCGAAACAUUGGUAAUAUACCAUCCUGUUCCUGUUUGGCCACAUAUAUCGGAAACCCACCGAAUUGUCGACCAGAAUGUACUAUAAAUUCAGACUGUCGUCCAAGUCAGGCUUGCAUGCAACAAAAAUGCAGGGAUCCUUGUCCUGGAUCUUGUGCUCCUUUAGCUCAAUGUUCCGUUGUCAAUCAUAUACCAACUUGUUCUUGUCUGCCUGGUUACACUGGAGAUCCUUUCACCAAUUGUUUUGUUCAACCAACACUACCUAUUGAAACUGAUCCAUGUGCAUCUUGUGGGUCAAAUGCACGCUGUGAUAAUGGCAUUUGCUCUUGUUUGCCCGAAUAUUCUGGUGAUCCAUACGCAGGUUGCAGACCGGAAUGUGUUCUAAGUAACGAAUGUCCAAUUAACAGAGCUUGCGUUAGAAAUAAAUGUAUCGAUCCUUGUGUUGGUAUUUGUGGACAGAAUGCAUUGUGCAAUGUGUUCAAUCAUGCACCUAUGUGCAGUUGUCUUCCGGGAAUGUCAGGAAACGCUUUCGUGCUCUGUUCACCUCUUCAAGCAACCGAAGUCAGUGAUCCUUGCAAUCCAUCACCCUGUGGUCCUAACAGUCGAUGCAGACAAAAUAAUAUGCAAGCUACAUGCUCUUGCAUAAGUGGAUAUAUAGGAGCACCUCCUACUUGUAGACCAGAAUGUGUGAUUAGUUCUGAUUGCUCAUUAAAUGAAGCUUGUAUUAAUCAAAGAUGUAGAAAUCCUUGUGAAGGAGGCUGUGGAUUAAAUGCAAUUUGUAAUGUCGUGAACCACAAUCCUAUAUGCUCAUGUAGAGAAAAGAUGACUGGUGAUCCUUUCCUCAGAUGUUAUCCAAUACCUGAAAGACUUCCAAUUCCGAUCAAUCCUUGUCAACCAUCUCCUUGUGGACCAAACGCGGAGUGUCAAGUGCUCAAUGAUCAACCAUCCUGCUCGUGUCUUCUAGAAUUUAUAGGAUCACCACCUAACUGUCGCCCAGAGUGUGUUAGCAAUAGCGAAUGUCCUAAUCGAUUAGCAUGCAUCAAACAAAAAUGUCAAGACCCUUGUAUAAAUUCUUGUGGAGUGAAUGCGAUUUGUAACGUUGUUAGUCACACUCCAAUGUGUGCUUGCAUUGAUGGUUAUAGUGGAGAUCCAUUUACACAAUGUAUUCCACAGCAAUUCGACGAUGAAACUAAUAGACCAGAUCCUUGCACUCCAUCUCCAUGUGGAUCAAAUGCAAUCUGUCGAGUUCAACAAAAUACAGCUUCCUGUUCCUGUCAAGAUGAUUAUAUUGGAAAUCCUUACGAAGGAUGUAGACCCGAAUGUACCCUAAGUUCAGAUUGUCCAUCCAAUCAAGCUUGCUUUAGAUCUAAAUGUAGAGAUCCUUGUCCUGGAACUUGUGGUCCAAAUGCUCAGUGUUAUGUUAUUAAUCACGCAGCCGUUUGUAAUUGUCUUGAACGAUAUACUGGUGAUCCUUUCAAUUAUUGCAAUCUUAUCACAGAACAACCUAAACCUAAUCUCGCUAAUCCUUGCGAGCCAACACCUUGCGGACCUUAUAGUCAAUGCAGAGAAAUUAAUGGUCAAGCCACGUGUUCUUGUCUUCCAACUUAUAUAGGUGUACCUCCUAAUUGUAAACCAGAAUGUACAGUUAGUUCUGAUUGCUCGUUAAAUCUGGCUUGUAAAAAUAACAAAUGUAUUGAUCCAUGUCCUGAUUCUUGUGGUCAACAAAGCACUUGCAGAGUCGUGAACCAUAGUCCUAUUUGCAGUUGCAAACCAGGCUUCACUGGUGAUCCUUUUACAUAUUGUUUCUUCAAUCCACCUCCAUCCGUUAUUGAGACACCUAUAGAUCCAUGUAUCAAUUCACCUUGCGGGCCCAAUUCUGUGUGUCGCAAUGUCAAUGGUUCUCCUUCGUGCUCUUGCAUGCUUAAUUAUAUUGGUGCGCCACCAAAUUGUCGUCCAGAAUGUAUCAUCAACACGGAUUGUCCCAGAAAUCAGGCUUGUAUUCGCGAAAAAUGCCAAGAUCCUUGUCCAGGAUCUUGUGGAAUUAACAGUAUUUGUACCGUAUAUAAUCAUGUUCCUAUUUGUACAUGUUUGGAAGGAUACAUGGGAGAUCCUUUCAAUAGUUGUCAACUCAAACCAAUAAAAGUAGAAGAACCUGUGAUAGAUCCAUGCAACAAAUCUCCUUGUGGUCCCAAUGCUCAAUGUGAUAAUGGUAUUUGCACUUGCUUGCCAGAAUACUUCGGCAAUCCAUAUAUCAGUUGUCGACCAGAAUGCGUGUUAAGUACAGAUUGUUCAAAUGAUAAAGCGUGUAUAAAGAAUAAAUGUAUGGAUCCUUGUCCUGGAGCUUGUGGUCAGAAUGCUCAAUGCAAUGUUAUCAAUCAUAUACCCAUGUGUAGUUGUCCCUCUAAUACUGGAGGAAAUGCUUUAAUAGUAUGUUCACCUGUGCAAGCUCCUACAAAAACAAAACCAUGUAAUCCAUCCCCAUGCGGACCAAACAGUAUAUGUAGAGAGGUGAACGAUCAAGCUGUAUGUACUUGUGCUCCAGAAUAUCUUGGAACUCCACCUUUAUGCAGACCAGAAUGCUUGAUUAGUUCAGACUGUGCUCAGAAUCAGGCUUGCUUGAAUCAAAAAUGUAGAGAUCCAUGUAUUGGAACAUGUGGUACUCAGGCAAUCUGCUUAGUGGUGAAUCAUAAUCCUGUUUGCUCUUGUCCAGAAAGAUAUACAGGAAAUCCGUUCAUCAGAUGCGAGAUCAAAAAAAUAGUAGCGCCUACGAACCCUUGUCAACCGUCACCCUGCGGUCCAUAUUCCCAAUGUCAGGUGAUCAACGACACCCCAUCCUGCAGCUGUCUGACUGAAUAUAUAGGUGCUCCACCAAAUUGCAAACCCGAGUGCAUAUCAAACUCCGAGUGCCCCAGCCACCAAACCUGUAUUCGACAAAAGUGCGGAGAUCCUUGUCCAAAUCUCUGUGGAGAGAGUGCAGAAUGCCACGUAACUUAUCACGUACCAAACUGUGUUUGUCCUAUUGGUUUUACCGGAGACCCUUAUACACGUUGCACGAUAAUAACUCGCGAACCGGAACUUUCACCCUGCGCUGAAGGCACUUGUGGCACAAAUGCUUUGUGCAGAGAACGAGACGGUGUCGGCAUUUGUUAUUGCCCCCCUGAAUAUGUUGGCAACCCAUACGUAGGCUGUAGACCCGAAUGCGUGAUUAACCCUGAUUGUCCAUCCAACAAAAUGUGCGUGCGAAACAAAUGCCAAGACCCUUGCCCUGGAGCCUGCGGCUGGAAAGCCGAGUGCUCGGUGGUUAACCAUCUGCCUUUCUGCAAUUGCCCGCCAGGAUUCACUGGCGACCCGCUUAUCGCAUGCAGUGUGGCUCUAGUGUCGCAAGAUGUGGAUAUGUGCAGCCCAUCACCUUGCGGACCAAAUAGUCAGUGCAAAGAGAUAUCCGGUCAGGCUGUGUGUUCAUGCCUGCCAACUUAUGUAGGCACCCCUCCUGGAUGCAGACCAGAAUGCGUAGCUAGUUCCGAAUGUCCUACGCAGCUCGCGUGCAAAGACUACAAAUGCACAAACCCGUGUCCGAGUCCUUGCGGCUUGAACACCAAAUGCAUAGUCGUGAACCAUAGUCCCAUCUGUAGUUGCAUGCCCGGAUACAGUGGAGAUCCAUUCACCACUUGCACACCGAUUCCACCUGUCACAAUCCCUGGCCCAAUGGAGAAAGACCCCUGUGUACCAUCCCCAUGUGGUAGUUUCGCCCAAUGCAGAAACAUUCGCAAUUCUGCAGCAUGCAGUUGUUUAGAAGGUUAUACCGGUCAGCCACCGAAUUGCAGACCCGAAUGCACGAUCAAUUCCGAAUGUCAAAGCGACAUGUCCUGUGUCAAUAUGAAGUGCAGAGAUCCUUGUCCCGGUUCCUGUGGCCUUGCUGCUAUUUGUACAGUAGUUAACCACAUUCCCAUAUGUAAUUGUCCCGAAGGUUUCACUGGAAAUCCAUUCACUCUCUGUCAAUUGCUACCAGCUACACCCAUUAUAUCUACACCAGUAGAGGAUGAAUGUUCUUUGUCACCCUGUGGACCUAAUACAGAAUGUUUAAAAGGUGUUUGCACAUGUCUGUCAGAAUUCCAAGGAAACCCAUAUUUAGGAUGUCGACCCGAGUGCGUGUUAAACACCGACUGCCCUCGCGAUAGAGCUUGUUUGCGCAACAAAUGUAUGGAUCCUUGUCCCGGAACCUGUGGUCUGAACGCCAUUUGCGCGGUUAUCAAUCACGUGCCUAUGUGCAGCUGCCCUGGAAACAUGACUGGCAAUGCGUUUAGUCAAUGUACUUUUUUGCAAGAUGUGAUACCCAUCAAUCUAUGUAGCCCAACACCUUGUGGGCCGAAUAGCGAAUGCAGAAUCGUAAACGGUCAAGCAGUUUGCUCGUGCAUCAAAGGAUUUUUAGGAAGCCCACCUACCUGUAGACCCGAGUGCAUUGUAAGCACAGAUUGCCCGCAAAACGAAGCCUGUAAUAAUCAGAGAUGCACAAAUCCAUGUCCAGGAGCAUGUGGAAUCGGAGCCAAGUGCAACGUCAUCAACCAUAAUCCCAUAUGCAGUUGCCCAUUGCGUUUCACAGGCGAUCCAUUCGUACAGUGCAUACCUUUCUUGGAAGAACCUGCGAUAGAUCCAUGUAAGCCAUCUCCUUGCGGUCCAAAUUCUCAAUGUCAGGUGAUCAACGAUUCUCCCUCUUGUUCAUGCUUGCCAGAAUUCUCUGGUAGUCCACCCAAUUGUCGUCCAGAGUGCAUUAGCAACAGUGAAUGCCCUAGUCAAUUUGCUUGUAUUAAUCAGAAAUGUAAAAAUCCUUGUAUUGGAUCUUGUGGAUCUGGUGCUGAUUGCUAUGUCGUCAGUCACACUCCCAUGUGUACUUGUUUGAGCGGAUACACAGGCGAUCCGUUCUCACAGUGCAUUUUUAAAGAAUCAAUUAUUCCAUUGCCCAUGCCCAUUGAUCUCUGUAACCCGUCUCCUUGUGGUUCAAAUGCUAUUUGUAAAGAAUUAAAUGGAGCUGGUUCGUGUACCUGUAUUUCUAAUUAUAUCGGAAAUCCAUACGAGGGAUGUCGACCGGAAUGUUUGUUAAAUUCCGAUUGCUCUGCUAAUCAAGCUUGCAUGAAUAGCAAAUGCCAAGAUCCUUGUCCAGGAAUCUGUGGUCGUAAUGCAGAGUGUCAUGUUAUCAAUCACUUACCAGUGUGCGAAUGUUAUCCUGGUCACACUGGUAAUGCAUUUGUCCUGUGUUCACUUAUGCUGCCAGAAGUCGAUCAAACGAUUAGUCGACCUUGUAAUCCAUCUCCCUGUGGACCCAACAGCCAAUGCAGAUCAAUCAAUGGACAAUCUAUAUGUUCGUGUUUGCCCGACUUCAUAGGAAGUCCACCAUCCUGUAGACCAGAGUGCACGAUUAGUACAGAAUGUGCGCCAAAUUUAGCCUGUAUCAAUAAAAAAUGCGGUGAUCCUUGUCCAGGAUCGUGUGGUUCGAAUACCAGAUGUGAGACCAUUAAUCACAAAGCAAUUUGUGCUUGUCAACCUAGUUUCACUGGUGACCCACUCGUUGCUUGUUUCGAAAUGAUGAUGGAAAGACCAUCUCCCUUACCACCAAUAUAUGAGAAUCCUUGUGUACCAUCCCCUUGUGGACCAUAUUCAGAAUGUCGUAAUAUAAAUGGUCAGGCUUCUUGCGCUUGUUUAUCAGAAUAUAUGGGUACACCGCCUAAUUGUAGACCAGAAUGUAUAAGGAAUUCAGAAUGUCCUAGCAAUCAGGCUUGCAUUCAGAAAAAAUGUCGUUAUCCUUGUGAAGGAGUUUGUGGUGUAGGCGCCCAAUGUACUGUAACUGAUCACAUACCCAUUUGUACAUGUCUCAAAGGAUUAUCUGGUGAUCCUUUCGUCAAGUGUUCGUUUACUCCAGUGAUACAGGAAAAACCUGCGGAUUCUUGUGUCAAUUGUGGUACAAAUACGCAAUGUAUCAAUAGAACUUGUAUCUGUCUACCAGAAUAUCAGGGAGAUCCAUAUUUAGGUUGUCGUCCAGAAUGUGUUUUGAACUCAGAUUGUCCCAAAGAUAAAGCUUGUAUUAAAAGCAAAUGCAACGAUCCAUGUGCAGGCAUUUGUGGUCAAAAUGCAUUAUGUUCUGUCGUAAAUCAUAUUCCAAUUUGCACUUGUCCACCUGGAACUUCAGGAAAUGCAUUUGUAGUCUGUUCUAUCAUUCAAGUGCAAACACCGAAAGAUCCAUGCAAUCCAUCACCCUGUGGACCCAACAGCCAAUGUAGAAAGAUAAAUGAUCAAGCAAUUUGCUCUUGCAUCCCUGGUUAUCUAGAUACGCCACCGAAUUGUAGACCAGAAUGUAUUCUUAGUUCAGAUUGUCCGUCCAAUAUGGCUUGUAAUAAUCAAAAAUGCAUUGAUCCUUGUCCAGGAACUUGUGGAAUAAGAGCUGAAUGUGUGGUCGUGAAUCAUAAUCCGAUUUGUAGUUGCCCACCCGAUUUGGUAGGCGAUCCUUUCAGAAUGUGUCUCAGGAAACCCGAAGAACCUCAAGUCUUGAAUCUAUGCGUUCCAUCACCUUGCGGUCCAAACAGUCGAUGUCAAGUCAUAAACGAAUCACCUUCGUGUUCUUGUUUGCCUGAAUUCCUCGGUUCUCCACCAAAUUGCAAGCCAGAAUGCAUUAGUAAUAGCGAAUGUUCCACCCAUUUAGCUUGUAUAAAUCAAAAGUGUCGCGAUCCUUGUCCUGGUUCCUGUGGUCCCAAUUCUGAAUGCAGAGUGAUUAGUCACACACCCAUGUGUGUAUGCUCGUAUGGUUUCGUUGGUGAUCCUUUCAUACAGUGUGUUCCAAAACCAGUUUUUGAAGAUACCAUAGAAAAACCUACCCCAUGUGUACCGUCGCCCUGUGGCUCUAACGCAGUAUGUAAUGAGCUAAACGGUGCAGCAUCCUGCAAAUGUCUUUCUGAUUACAUUGGCAAUCCCUACGAAGGCUGUCGACCAGAAUGUAUCAUUAAUUCCGAUUGUACAGCUGAUCUGGCUUGUGUUAAAUCUAAAUGUCAAAAUCCUUGUCCAGGAUUCUGUGGAUAUAACGCUAUUUGUCAGGUUGUUAAUCAUGCACCUCUAUGCACUUGCCAACCUGGAUAUACAGGAGAUCCAUUCGUUCAGUGUAAUGUUAUUCAAGAGCCACCAAAACCAGCUGAUCCUUGUAGUCCAUCUCCUUGCGGUUUAAACAGUCAAUGUCGCGUAUCUAAUGAACAAGCUAUUUGUUCUUGUUUGCCUACUUUCAUGGGAACUCCACCAAUGUGCAGACCAGAAUGUACAAUUAGUUCCGAUUGUGCGACGAAUCGUGCUUGCAAGAAUCGCAAAUGCAUAGAUCCUUGUCCAGGAAUUUGUGGUAUUAAUGCUAGAUGCGAGGCUAUCAAUCAUAGUCCGAUUUGCAGUUGUAACAUGGGAUAUACUGGUGAUGCUUUUGUCAGAUGUUUCAAAGUUCCAACUAUUCAAAUUAGUAGUUCAGACAAACCAAUCAAUCCUUGCGUACCUUCGCCAUGUGGUCCAUUCUCUGUCUGUCAUAUUGUUGGAAAUGCGGAUUUACCAAGUUGUACUUGUAUGGAGAAUUAUAUAGGAACUCCACCGAAUUGUCGACCAGAAUGCACUAUUGAUUCAGAAUGUGCCAGUAACAGGGCUUGUCUCAGACAAAAAUGUACAGAUCCUUGUCCAGGUUCCUGUGGUACAGGAGCUCAAUGUUUGGUAGUGAAUCAUAUGGCUGUGUGUACUUGUCCUAAGGGUUAUACAGGAGAUCCAUUUGUCAAUUGCUUCCUUCAACCUCCUCCUUCAUCACCGGUUCUUCAAGAUGCUUGUAAUCCUUCACCAUGCGGAUCAAACGCAAUGUGUCGCGAUGGUGUAUGCACCUGUUUACCAGAAUAUCAUGGUGAUCCAUAUUACGGAUGUCGUCCAGAAUGUGUUCAGAAUCCAGAUUGUCCUCUAGAUAAGGCUUGCAAUCGUAACAAAUGUUUCGAUCCUUGUACCGGCAUUUGUGGUCAGAACGCCGAGUGUGUCGUGAUAAAUCACACUCCUAUGUGCAGUUGUCCCGAUGGCAUGUCAGGAAAUGCGUUUAUGGCGUGUUAUCCGGUGAAAGACCCAGUUAUAGUACAACCUUGUAAUCCAUCACCCUGUGGUCCUAACAGUAGAUGUCAAGAUAUUAAUGGACAGGCAGUUUGUUUCUGUGCCCCUGGUUACAUAGGAAACCCACCAGCUUGUCGACCAGAAUGUAUAGUUAAUAGUGAUUGUUCGUUAAAUGAAGCUUGCGUGAAUCUGAAGUGUGGAGAUCCAUGUCCUGGAUCCUGUGGAGUAUCAGCUCGAUGUCAAGUGGUCAAUCAUAAUCCCAUUUGCAGUUGUCCUUCAGCAUUUAUUGGCGAUCCCUUUAUUCGUUGCUUACCUAGACCCGAAGAACCUGUGUUGUCAACUAAUCCAUGUCAGUCAUCACCAUGCGGUCCAAACGCAAUCUGUCAAGUCAUAAAUAAUUCUCCAUCCUGUUCGUGCAAACCAGAAUUCAUUGGUACUCCACCAAAUUGCAAACCAGAGUGUAUUAGUAAUACCGAAUGUGCUAGUCAUAUGGCGUGCAUCAAUCGCAAAUGCAGAGAUCCUUGCCCUGGUUCCUGUGGUCCUAAUGCGGAAUGUCACGUGGUGAAUCACAUUGCGUCAUGCAUAUGUGCCAAGGAUUACACUGGAGAUCCAUUCGUUCAGUGUGUUGCCAAGCAACCGGAUACAAGUAUAGCACCUAGACCCUGUGAACCUUCCCCAUGCGGAACUAAUGCCAUUUGCCGAGACCAGAAUAGCCUUAGCUCUUGCACUUGUUUGCCCGAAUAUAUCGGCAAUCCUUACGAAGGAUGCCGACCAGAAUGCAUUCGUUCGUCAGAUUGUCCCUCUCAUUUGGCUUGCAUUAGAUCUAAGUGUCAGAAUCCUUGUCCCGGUUCUUGCGGAGCCAAUACCAAUUGUCAGGUGGUAAAUAAUUUACCUAUAUGUACUUGCAUUCCGCAAUAUACUGGUGAUCCAUACGUGAACUGUGUAUACAAGAUUUCACCAACCGAAGAAGAAGAACGAGAUGUUUGUCAACCAUCUCCUUGCGGUCCGAAUAGUCAAUGUCAAAAUAUAAAUGGUCAAGCAGUAUGUUCCUGCUUACCUCAAUAUAUAGGAACUCCACCAAACUGUAGACCAGAAUGUAUCGUAAAUUCGGAAUGUAAUUCGAAUCUCGCGUGUAUCAAUCAGAAAUGCAAAGAUCCUUGUCCUGGUACAUGUGGGAUGAAUGCACAAUGCAAAGUACUUCAUCAUAGUCCCAUUUGUAGUUGUGGAAGUGAUUUUACAGGAGAUCCUUUUGUUCAUUGCUUUCCUGUUCCAUUGCUAAAGCCGGAAGAAUCAUAUCCGAAAGAUCCAUGUGUUCCAUCACCUUGUGGUCGAAAUGCGAUGUGCAAAGCCAUAGGAGAAACUCCAGUCUGUACUUGCAUGAACAAUUAUAUAGGAGUUCCACCGAAUUGCCGACCAGAAUGCUCGAUCAAUUCAGAUUGCAUAGCAGAUAAAGCAUGCAUUCAAGAAAAAUGUAGAGAUCCUUGUCCAGGAUCUUGUGGCUUGAAUGCACGUUGCACAGUUAUAAACCAUACACCAGCUUGUACUUGUCCUGAAGGAUAUUCCGGCGAUCCAUUCAUCAAUUGUUCGCCAAUUACAUUUAUUUCAGAACCUCCAUCAAAUCCAUGCAAUCCAUCACCAUGUGGACCAAAUGCACAGUGCAAUAAUGGUGUUUGUACUUGUAUACCUGGCUAUCUAGGUGACCCAUACACUAUAUGUCGACCUGAAUGUGUAAUCAACACAGAUUGUUCCCGAAACGAAGCUUGUAUAUUACACAAAUGCAGAAAUCCUUGUGUAGGAACUUGUGGAGUAAAUGCAGAGUGUAAUGUAGUCAAUCAUUUACCGAUAUGCAACUGUCCUAGGAAUAUGACGGGCAAUGCAUUCGUUUCGUGUAUUCCUCUUCAAGAACCUACCAUAAUUGAUCCAUGUAGUCCAUCUCCUUGCGGCCCGAACAGUCAUUGUCGAUCCUCCAAUGGCCAAGCUAUUUGUAGUUGUGUUACUGGAUUUAAGGGAUCCCCACCAUCUUGUAGACCAGAGUGUAUUGUUAGUACUGAUUGUCCGCGUAACAGAGCUUGCAGUAAUCAGAAAUGCAUUGAUCCUUGUCUUGGUACUUGUGGAUUAUCUGCCCAAUGUUCUGUGAUCAAUCAUAAUCCUGUAUGCAGCUGUUUCGAGCAAUAUACCGGAAAUCCAUUCGUACAAUGCAUUCCGCAAACAAAACAACCGGAUAUUCCAGUGAAUCCUUGUCAGCCAUCACCUUGCGGUCCCAAUGCUCGAUGUCAGAUGAUUAAUAAUGCACCCUCGUGUUCUUGUCUCCCUGAAUUUAUAGGAACUCCACCAAACUGCAGACCUGAAUGCGUGAGCAAUUCAGAAUGCCCAACGCAACAGGCUUGCAUUAACCAAAAAUGCAAAGAUCCUUGUCCUGGUUCCUGUGGCACGAACACCGAGUGCAGAACUAUUAGUCACACUCCUAUGUGUACUUGUGCUAAUAACUUCACCGGAAAUCCGUUUAUUCAAUGUACACCUCAACCAAUCGAAGACAUAGCACAAAGAAUCAAUCCAUGUCAACCAUCCCCUUGUGGUCCAAAUGCUGUUUGUCGCGAAUCUUAUGGUUCACCUCAAUGCACUUGUUUGCCCGAUUUCUAUGGAAAUCCGUAUGAAAAUUGUAGACCGGAAUGUAUUAUCAAUACCGAUUGUCCAUCCAAUCGUGUCUGUAUAAGAAACAAGUGUCAAGAUCCUUGUCCAGGAACUUGUAGUUUUAAUGCCGACUGCAAUAUAAUCAAUCAUAUUCCAAUAUGCAGUUGUAAACUGGGUUACACUGGUGAUCCAUUUAGAUAUUGCAGCGUAUUCGAACAACCUCCCACACUAAGUCCUAUAAAUCCAUGCGAUCCAUCACCGUGCGGACCCAAUAGUCGAUGUCGCAAUGUGAACGGUCAGUCUAGUUGCUCUUGUCUUCCCAAUUUCAAGGGAAUUCCUCCAUUAUGUAGACCAGAAUGCGUAGUUAGCACGGAAUGUGCUAGCAAUAGAGCUUGCAUAAACCAAAAAUGUGUAAACCCAUGUUCCGGAGUUUGUGGAAUAAAUGCGAAGUGCGAAGUCUUCCAUCAUAGUCCUAUUUGUAGCUGCGACGCUUCUCAAACCGGAGAUCCAUUUGUAAAAUGUUUUGAUAUGACCACACCCGCACCACUUUUACCCAUAAACCCUUGCGUUCCAUCGCCUUGCGGCCCGUUUUCGCAAUGUCAAGAUAUAGGAGGUAUAUCAUCUUGUUCUUGUUUGCCCAAUUAUGUUGGUUCAGCUCCCAAUUGUCGACCAGAAUGUUCCAUUAACUCGGAUUGUACGAGUAAUAAGGCUUGUGUAAGAGAAAAAUGUAAAGAUCCGUGUCCAGGAUCUUGUGCAACGAAUGCACUAUGCAGCGUCAUUAAUCACACACCUGUUUGCACUUGUCCCAGAGAUUAUACAGGAGAUCCUUUCACUAAUUGCCAACCAAUCUUCACACUCACACCUAUCGUCCCAGUUCAAUCAGACCCAUGCCAUCCAUCACCUUGUGGUCCAAACGCCAUCUGUCGAAACGCUGUGUGCAGUUGUAUAAAUGAGUAUCAUGGCGACCCUUAUCUAGGUUGUCGACCAGAAUGCGUACAGAAUUCGGACUGUACUUAUGAUAAAGCUUGUUCCAACAAUAAAUGCGUGAAUCCUUGUACCAAAGUCUGCGGUCAGAACGCAGAAUGCACUGUGAUCAAUCAUAUCCCUACUUGCAGUUGCUUGGAAAAUUAUGAAGGAGAUCCAUUUAACCUCUGCAAACCUGUCCGAAAACGUACGAAACCUUGCGAACCCUCACCCUGUGGACCCAACAGCAUUUGUCGCGAGUUUAGUGAGCAAGCUUCUUGCACUUGCCUACCUGGAUAUUUCGGAAUUCCACCCAGCUGUAGACCCGAAUGCUUGGUAAACUCUGACUGUGAGCAGAAUAAAGCUUGCGUGAAUCAGAGAUGCCAAAAUCCGUGCGACAACGCUUGCGGACAAAGCGCGUUAUGUAUCGUACGAAACCACAAUCCUAUUUGCAGUUGUCCCGCACAGUAUUCCGGUGACCCAUUUGUUAGCUGUUUCCCUAUGACACCACAAUACGAAGAGGCUAGUCAGAAUCCGUGCAAACCCUCGCCAUGUGGAUCAAAUUCUCAAUGCACAGUAACACCAGACAAUAAAGCCUCUUGUGCCUGUAUGCCCGAGUUUAUAGGCUCACCUCCCAACUGUAGACCUGAAUGUCUCGUGAACAGCGAAUGUCCUAGCAACGAGGCAUGCGUUAAACAGAAGUGUACCGAUCCUUGUACCGGACUCUGCGGCUUUAAUGCCCUGUGUCAAGUUACCCAGCAUUACGUCCACUGUAUGUGUUCCGAGGGAUACACCGGGGACCCGUUUGCUAUUUGUACCAUGAUCAAGACUCCAGAAAAACCAUCUACGUCACUGAGACCUUGCAGUCCUUCACCGUGUGGAAUCAACGCUUAUUGCAGGGAAAGACAAAAUACAGCGUAUUGCGAAUGUUUGCCAGAUUUCCGUGGAAAUCCUUAUGAAGGCUGUCAACCUGAGUGUUUAACCAACACUGAUUGUCUGAAAUCGCAAGCUUGCGUUAGGACUAAAUGUCAGGAUCCUUGUCCUGGUACCUGUGGCGUUGGUGCGAUCUGUACCGUCUCUAAUCACAUUCCUAUUUGUUCUUGUCCUCUGCCUACUAUCGGCGAUGCGUUUACGAUCUGUCAAGCCAUUCCUGAAGCUCCAAAAGAGAGAGACCCUUGUUCUCCAUCACCAUGCGGUCCCAAUACCAUUUGUGAAAAAAUCGGCGAUACAGCUGUCUGCAAAUGUUUACCUGGUCUCCAAGGAAUUCCUUCUAGUAUAACAGGUUGUCAUCCAGAAUGUGUGAUUAGUUCAGAUUGUCCGGGAGAUAAAGCUUGCAUCGGUAACAAAUGCGUGAAUCCUUGCACGCAAAAUGUGUGCGGUAUCAAGGCCACAUGCAAAGCCAUCAAUCACAGUCCUCUAUGCAGUUGUCCACCUCCUUUAAUUGGCAAUCCAUUCGACGAAUGUAUCAUUCAAAUUGAAACUGAUCCUUGUAGUCCAUCUCCAUGCACUUAUAAUGGCGAAUGUAAAGUUCGAAAUGGCAUCGCAAUAUGCAUAUAUCCAGAAUGUGUUAUUAAUUCUGAUUGUCCACGAGAUAAGGCUUGUUUCAACCAGAAAUGUAAAGAUCCUUGCAUCGGUGCUUGUGGUAUCAAUUCAUUAUGUCAAACAGUAAAUCACAAGCCUGUUUGUUCAUGUCCAAUUGGAUUCACUGGAAAUGCUCGCAUACAGUGUACUAUUCCAACGAUCGAAGAACCAGUUCCAGAAUGUAUUCAAAAUUCCGAAUGUCCGAACGAUAAGACUUGCUACAACCAGAAAUGCAUCGAUCCUUGCACACUCGAUUCUUGUGGUUUCAACAGCCGUUGUCACGUACAAUUGCAUCGAGUUGUAUGCGUAUGUAACGAAGGGUUCACUGGCAAUCCUCAACAAUAUUGUGGUGAAAUUGGUUGUCGUGGUGAUAGUGAUUGUCCAUUAACACAAUCCUGUGUUAACAACGAAUGUAUAGAUACUUGUUCUGUGACCCAAUGCGGAAUUAAUGCAUUUUGUAAAUCGGAUGGAUAUCAUAAACCAAGAUGUUACUGUCCUGAUGGAUAUUUAGGAAAUCCAUAUCAAGCAUGCGAAAGAUCAGAAUGCGUAACUGAUAAUGAUUGUCCAUCUUCUUUAUCAUGUCGCGAUUCAAAAUGUAUAAAUCCUUGUGAUUGUCCACCAUCUGCACAAUGCCACGUGAUUAAUCAUCGACCAAUCUGUCGUUGUCCUCCUGGUUAUGUAGGCAAUCCUUACACCUCGUGUCUGAUCGAACCGAUUGAACAACAGCCUCAAUGUCAAGUAGAUGGAGACUGUCCAAGUAAAUUGGGCUGUUUCAGUGGUGUUUGCAAAGAUCCAUGUGUUGAAAGUAAACCUUGCAUCGCUGGAGCAAAAUGUUCUGUUGUAAACACUUUGCCAAUGAGGACUAUGAUUUGCGAGUGUUUACCAAACUUUGCUGGCGAUGCAACUGUCGCUUGCAUUCCUGUGGAUAAACAAAUCGAAGCUAUCUGUAAAGCCAACUCUCAAUGUGCUUCAAAUAUGUCGUGUCUGAACGAAAGAUGUAUCGAUCCAUGCAUUAUCAAUCCAUGUGCUUCGAAUGCGGAAUGUUUAGUCCAAAAUCAUUAUCGUCAAUGUCAUUGUUCGCGUGGCACUGCCGGUGAUCCAUUUGUAAAUUGUUACAGAGAUACUGAUUCAUUUCCAGAAUGUACAUCGAAUCUUGAUUGCGCACCUAAUGAAGCUUGUAUUAAUGAAUUAUGUCAAAAUCCAUGUGUCAGUACGCAAUGUGGUUUGAACGCGGAGUGUCUCACUGUCAAUCAUUAUCCAACCUGUCAUUGUAAGCAAAACUUCGCGGGAGAUCCACAAGUACAAUGUUUUAGACCCGAAUGCAAAUCAGAUAGCGAUUGUCCUUACGAUAAAACUUGUCAAAACAAUAAUUGCAUCACACCUUGCUUAAUCGGAGAUAUUGCCUGUGGUCGUGGCGCAGAAUGCAUCGCUGUCUCCCACAGGGCGCAAUGCGUAUGUCCACGGGGCACUCAAGGUGAUCCACGGAUUGCGUGCAUCUCCACGAUAUGUCAUUACAAUGAAGAUUGUGCAGAUCACGAAGCUUGUGACAGAUUGAACAGAGUAUGUCGACCUGUUUGCGAGGAUGAUAUUUGCGCAGAAACUGCAAAAUGUAUUGCGAGGGACCAUCAACCUAAAUGCGUCUGCCCUCUUGGUACCACUGGAAAUCCAUAUAUUGAUUGUACUGGUAUUUCCAUCGAACCAGAAUGCAAAUCAGAUAGCGAAUGUCCAUCAUACUUCGCAUGUAUCAACACUAAAUGCCAAGAUCCUUGUCUAUCCUCCAAUAUGUGUUCUGCAGAUCAAGAAUGCAAAGUACUAAACACAGUUCCUCUUCGUACAAUGAUAUGCAGUUGCCCACCAAAUACCAUCACUAAUAUAAAUGGAUCAUGCAAAAAGAUUGUGCAAGAGGAUGUGCAAUGUCAUCAAGAUCAAGAUUGCAUUGAUUCUGAUAAAUGCGUGGAAGGAACUUGCAUCGAAGCUUGUCUCACAACCGAAUGUGGAUUGAAUGCACAAUGCAAGGCGAUAUCACACACCGGAAUUUGUUACUGUGCACCUGAAUUCACUGGCAAUGCUUAUAUCGAGUGCAUCAGAGUACCAAUAAUAAUACCACCACGUCCAGAAUGUUAUUCUAACAACGAUUGUUUCAAUGACAAACAGUGCAUAAAUUCUUUCUGCGUGAAUCCUUGCGUUGUUGGGAAUCCAUGUGGUAGAAAUGCAUUGUGUUAUGCAAAUAAUCAUAGUCCAGUUUGCAGAUGUCCUGCCAAUUACAUCGGUGAUUCAAAAAUCAAUUGUGAACCACCGGAAAUAGUAGCCGAGUGUAUAUCCAAUAAUGAUUGCGCAGGCAACACUGCCUGUGUAAACAAUUUAUGCAUUAAUCCUUGCAAUUGUGGUGCAAAUGCCAAAUGCAAUGUCGUAGAUCAUUAUCCAUCUUGUAUCUGUUCACCUGGAUACUCUGGAAAUCCUCAAUUGGGUUGUUUUAAACUGGAUUGUGAAUCAGAUAGCGAGUGCAACAAUGCAGCUACAUGUUAUAAUGGACAAUGUGUAAAUCCUUGUAUUCUGGAGAAUAAAUGUGCAAUAAAUGCAGAAUGUUAUGGUCAGAAUCAUCGUGCCAUUUGUCGUUGUGGUCCAGGCUACUUGGGCAAUCCAGAAAUACAUUGCGAAAGAGUGGAAUGUACAUCUAACUACGAUUGUCCUCGAAAUCUAGCUUGUUACAGUGGACGUUGUGUUAGUCCUUGUAUAGAAGAUUUACCGUGUGCUCAAAAUGCUAUUUGCUAUGUCCAAGAUCACGUGGCCACUUGUCGCUGCCCAGAAAAUAUUCCUGCUGGAAAUCCAUAUUCCUAUUGUACGCAUCCGAAAAAGAAACCUGAUGAACCAGAAUGCAGAAUCGAUAUUGAGUGUGCUGACAAAUUAGUGUGCAUUAAGAAUAAAUGUAUCGAUCCGUGCCCGGUGAUCAAACCAUGCUUACAGAAUGCUCGGUGCAAUGUUUUGGAUACUGUUCCAGUGAGGACCAUGACGUGCACAUGUCCUGAAGGUUGGACCACUGAUAUCGAUGGCGUUUGUAGACCAAUUCAAAUAACAAUAAUUGGCACUUGUACAACAAAUGAUGAAUGCAGUGACGGAGAAGCCUGCAUUAAUAGACAAUGCAGAAAUCCAUGCAAUUGCGGUAUAAAUGCCGCUUGUUACGUGCGAAACCAUAAACCGAUCUGUUCUUGUGAGGAAGGAUACCAGGGUAAUCCAAAUAUCGCCUGUUAUUCUGUAGAAUGUACACGCGAUAGUGAGUGUGCUCUGGAUAAGAGUUGUGUGAAUAACAAUUGCGUGAAUCCUUGUCUGGUCUCCGAUAAUUGUGGAGUAAAUGCCGAAUGUUAUCCUAAUAAUCAUAAAGCAGACUGUAGAUGUCGUCAAGGAUAUCAUGGAAACUCUCUAGAUCGUUGCAGAGUGAUCGGUUGUUAUAGUAAUGGAGACUGUCCUGGAGAUCAUUCUUGCAUCAACAUGCAGUGCAUCAAUCCUUGUGUGCACAGUAAUCCUUGCUCGUCUCUAGCUGAGUGUAGAGUAUUUAAUCAUCUACCUAUUUGUCGUUGCCCAAUUUAUUACAUUGGCAAUCCUUAUAUUGCUUGCAAACCAGAAGAACGACCAGAAUGUAAAGAGGAUAGUGAUUGUCCUAAUUUGUUGGCCUGCUUUGAUAAUAAAUGUCAGAAUCCAUGUUCUGUGGUGCAACCCUGCAGCGAGCCAUCGGAGUGUAGAGUACUUCCAACAUCUCCGGUUCGCACGAUGGUUUGCGUAUGUCCCAGUGGAUAUGUAAGUAGCGGCAGUGGAACUUGUCGACCUACCAAACCAAUUUUGAAGAUCGAAUGUGCAAGGGAUAGCGAUUGUCCUUCGGAUAAAUCUUGCGUGAAUGCGAUAUGCAAGAAUCCUUGCGCUUGCGGUCCUAAUGCAGAUUGUAGCGUUGUUAAUCACAAACCAAUAUGCUCCUGCAUACUAGGGUAUGAUGGAAAUCCUGACGUGGUGUGUACCAAAGUUGCUGGAUGUCGCACGAAUAGUGAAUGCAGCGGAUCACAUGCAUGUGUGCAACAUAAUUGUGUUCCCGUUUGCUCACCAUCAUUAAUCACUUGCGGAAAAAAUGCCGAAUGUCAUGGUAUCAAUCACAAAGCCAUCUGCGAAUGUCCACCAGGAUUCGGUGGCAAUCCGAGAGUCUCUUGUAUCCUUCUCGGUUGUAAGAGCAAUUCUGAUUGUCCUACUAACAAAGCUUGCAUCAACAAUCGCUGUGAGAAUCCUUGCGCGAAAAAUCCUUGUACCGGAAACAUGGAUUGUAACGUUUAUAAUCAUGUAAUCGAAUGUGCUUGUCCUCCUGGCUACAUUGGAGAUACCAAAGCAGGAUGUGUCAAAUUGACAGAAAAAUGUAAAGCAGAUAAUGAAUGUCCAUCCCAAACUGCCUGUUUCAAUGGUGAAUGUAUCAAUCCUUGCGUGAAGAUUGAACCUUGUGGAAUAAACGCGGAUUGUAAAGUACUCGAUACAUCUCCUGUGAGAACCAUGAUAUGUGAAUGCAUUCCUGGAUAUAGAGGAAAUGCGGUCGUCCGCUGUGAUAAAACGAAUGUAUGUGCAGUAGAAAAAAGUGAGAUUCUAGAUGAAUAUGGUAAUUGCGUCUGUCCACCUGGUUCAGCUAAGGAUGAGAAAGAAGUGUGUAUACCAUGUCGUAAACAGUCUGGAAUGAUAAUCAAUGAAGAAGGAUAUUGUGUAUGCGCUCUGGAGAACGGCAUGAUCAUCGACGAGUAUGGCCGUUGCGUAUGUCCAACUCAUCAUGGAUAUAGACUAGAUACAAAUGGAUAUUGCAAACCUGCCGACAUAAUCGAGUGCAAACACGAUGAUGAUUGCGCCGAUAACAGAUUCUGCGAUAAAACCAGUCAGACUUGCGAAGAUCCUUGUUCGAUUCAAUUAUGUGGUCUUUAUGCACUUUGCAAUGCUACUCGUCAUCAAGCUAUUUGCAUAUGCAUCAAUGGCUACAUUGGAAAUGCUUACACUCAAUGCUAUGACAAGAAUCGAUGGCGCACUGAUUUCCCCAGGCCAGAAAUGGUUGUCAGUUGUUUAUCUGAUGGAGUGCAAGUCGAGAUACAUCUCCACGAUCAGGAAUUUGAUGGCGUUCUAUAUGUCAAAGGUCACAGUAAGGACGAACAAUGCAGAAGAGUUGUCUCCAUUCCAGCAGAAACUAUGCACAAAACUGAAAUAUUUAAAGUAGCGUUCGGAAAUUGCGGACUUAUUCACGUAAACGGACAAGCCAGUUUUGUAUUGGUCAUACAAAAGCAUCCAAAAUUAAUGACAUAUAAAACUCAAGCUUAUCAUAUCAAAUGCAUAUAUCAAACCGGAGAACAAAAUGUUACUCUUGGCUUUAAUGUUUCAAUGUUAACUACUGCCGGUACAAUUGCUAAUACUGGUCCUCCACCAGUCUGCUUAAUGAAGAUUGUCACUCAAAAUGGAAAUGAAAUAAAUUCAGCCGAAAUUGGAGACAAUUUGAUGUUGCAAGUCGAAGUUCAACCUUCCACUAUUUACGGUGGAUUUGCUCGAAAUUGCGUGGCUAAAACGAUGGAAGAUAAAUUGGAAAAUGAAUAUAUCGUAACAGACGAGAAUGGUUGUGCAACAGAUCCAACAAUAUUCGGAGAAUGGGAGCAGAAUCCUGAGACACAGACAUUGAUGGCCAGCUUUAAUGCUUUUAAAUUCCCAAGCAGUGAUAACAUUCGAUUUCAGUGCAAUAUCCGUGUAUGCUUUGGACGUUGUCAACCUGUUAAUUGUCGAGGAUACAACGCGUUUGGUCGUCGUCGUCGAGACGUGAAUUCUGAGAUAAAUGACACGUCUUUAAGUAUUACAGAUAGCUACGAAGGACAACUUCGAGAAGAAAUAACAAUCCAGUCGAAUUUGAUAUUCACUUUGGAGAGGCGAGAAGAAAGAUUGACAGCAGAUCCAGCUGAAAUUCCUGCAGCUCAAAGAGUGGAAGACAUUUGCGUUUCUAUGGUUGGCUUUGUAAUAGCAUUAGUAAUUACAGCACUUUUGGCAUUAGUCGCUGUAGCUAUUGCUGUUUCGUGCUGGCUAAUGGCGUAUCGUCGCCAGCCAAAGACUGCUGGACCACUGCCACACCCACCAGAGUUCCCAAAUCCAUUGUUCACUACCGAAUCUGUAGCUGAACCGUCUCCUGAUUAUCAUCUAUCUUAAGUGUUCUAGGAUAAUUAUUAUUUUUUAACGUAAUUUUAUAAUUCUUAUUGAAAUGCAAUACAGACCACAAUUUUGUUUUUCUUUCUGGUCGGUCUUGUAUUUCUAUCAACGACUCUUCCAGUGACUAAAUUUCCGUUACUUUCUUCUGGAGGGUUCACAUACAACGUGUUGUACGUCGUUCAUUGUUAUAUAUGAGUACCCCAAAUUAAGAUAUAUAUAUAGAUAUACAUAUAAAUGGAUAAAUAAAAAUUGCGCGCGCGUAUGUGUGUGUGAGAGAGAAAGAAAGAGAGAGAGAGAGAGAGAAAUAUUUGCUAUUUAUGGUGAUGGUUUGCUUCCAUUAUCUACAACACAAUAGAACUUGUCUUCCGAUAUACUACUUUCCACUUCUUCUUUUCAUUUUCUUCUUCUUCAGUCAUUGGAAGAUUUGUUAAGCGUAACAGCGAAUUUAAUUCCCGUGUAAAGUCAAACGAAUUAGUCUAAUAUAGCUUUCUUAUGUCGUGCGUAGGUAACUGUACAUUUUCUCUAAUAAAAUACUAAUGUAAUAUUUUUAAAA